AUGCUGGGCAAGUUCAACAACAGGCAAGUUCAGAGGUUCUUAUCUAGAGAGCAUCUUUCCCUAGCAGAAGAAUGGAAUGCCCUCUCCUGUUCCUGGAUUUUUCACAAGGGGUAUAUGUUCCCCUGAUUCCCCUUAUCUUGAACCUCCUGAGGAGAAUUCAGAAAAAUAAAGUGGAGGUUAUAGCAACUCUCCUGUAUUGGCUGCGGAGCCCCUGGUCCUGUUGUUGUCGAGCCCAAUGCACCCGUCAAUGAGAGAAGAACUGCUAUCUUAGGGUCCUCUGUUGCAUCCUGUUUCACAAAUCCUCCAGCUGGUGGCAGGGAGACUAAAAGAAGGUAGUUGAAGGAGAACAGAUGCUGUCAUUUCCACUAUGCUUCAGGCAAGGAACAGGACAUCUUCUCUUAUUGGGCAUCGAAUAAAGGUAUUUCCCCUUUUUCCUUCACAUCUGUGGAUCUCCUGGGGCUUCUACAAGAUGACCUGGACAAAGGUUUCAGCCUCAACAUUCUGAAGAUCCACAUUUCAGCACUUUCAGCUUUAUAGGGAGUGAGAUGUGCUCUCAGCUCUGGUGUAACUCAUUUUAUGAAGGCUGUUAUGCAAAUCAGAACUCCUAUUAAGUCAAUUUCUCCUCUUUGGGACUUGCCUUUUGUCCUUACAUAGUACCCAAUUUGAACCUACAACAGAUAUUCCAUUUAUGCUCCUCACUCCUAAAACGGCUCUUCUGGUUUGCUUAACUUUAGGUAGAAGAGUCUCUGAAUUGUCAGCACCUUCAUCCAUCAUUGAUUUUAUUCUGUCUGCUUACUUUCCAAGGAACUGUUGUCUCACGCCCUGGAUGUUGUUCAUUUCCUGUCUACCUACCUCACAGGACUGGCAGUUGGUCAAGAACCUCAAGACUUUUCAUCCUUCCUGGAGAGCAUUAUAAAGGCCUGCAAGCAUCUACUAAAACCAUCACUAGCUGGCUGGACUCUACCAUUACUAAGCUAAGGCUUAUGAGGCAAAACAAGUUCUGGUUCUUUAGAGUCUCAAGGACAAUUCCAACCAAGCUCUGUCCUCCUCCUGCACAAGUCUCUUCUGAUGAGAUCUGCAAAGCAACUACAUGGUACAUUUUAGAAUACCUUUACCCGGCACUAUCAAUUGCAUGUGAGGUUUUCUAAAGAGGUUCAAGUUGGUUCUGCUGUUCUGUUGGCUUCCUGAGCCUCUAAUUUUCAGCAGCCCUUCUGGUGUUCUUUGUUUUUCUUUUCAAUCCCCUCCUCCCCCCUGCAGAGUUUUCUAGCUUUGGCGCCCUAGAGUAGUGCUGCCAUGGCUGGGAAAACUGUUUCAUACUUACCAAUAUUUUCCUUUCCCAAAAAUGGGUCAUGGUGGCACUACACACCCUCCCUGGUCAUUGGAUUGUUAGGAACUGAGAUAUUAAGGUUCAUUUUGCCAUUUAUUUACUAAAAUUUAGUCCUGUCCAAUGGGAGUGAUGGGUGGAGCUAACCCUAGCGUAAUUCUGCCAUGGGCCAUUACUGGGAAAGGAGAAUAUCAGUAAGUACGAAACUAUUUUCCGUUAUAUAUAUUAAUAUCAAAAUACACUUGGAAUUAAAAAAUAAUAUAUAUAUAUUUAACCCCUUAAGGGCACAUGACAUGUGUGACAUGUCAUGAUUCCCUUUUAUUCCAGAAGUUUGGUCCUUAAGGGGUUAAGGUACAUUUAUUUAUUGUUUGUGCAUAAUUAUAUAAUUUUUUUUUAUUAAAGGACCACUAUAGGCACCCAGACCACUUCAGCUCAAUGAAGUGGUCUGGGUGCCAGGUUCAUCUAGAGUUAACCCUGCAGCUGUAAACAUAGCAGUUUCAAAGAAACUGCUAUGUUUACAUUAGGGUUAAUCCAGCCUUUAGUGGCUGUUUCAUUGACAGCCGCUAGAGGCGCUUCCGCGCUUCUCACUGUGAAAAUCACAGUGAGAAGACGCUGCCGUCCAUAGGAAAGCAUUGAGAAUUGCUUUCCUAUGGACUGUUUGAAUGCGCGUGCGGCUCUUGCCGAGCAUGCGCAUUCGGUGCUGACAUCAGAAGAGGGAGAUUUCCCCGGAAUUUAACCCCUUCCUCCCCCUUCAGCCCGGCGGGAGUGGGACCCAAAGGGUGUGGGGGGGACCCAAAGACCUUAUAGGGCCAGGAAAACAAGUUUGUCUAUAGUGGUCCUUUAAUUAUAUGUUGGGGAUCUGCCUGACAACCCAGGAAGUCCCCCUAGGGGCAACCUGCCAAUCAUGCCGAUUUGAGUCAUGUGAUUGCAGUGUCAUCAUAAUCACAUGACUCAGAUCAGCGGGAUUGGCUGCAGAGGGGGUGCCUUGGUUGUCAAGCAGUCCCCCAGAUUGGAUCCAGCAAGUAUUUCUGCUGCAGGGAUCGUUAGGGAGUGCUAUACCUCUAAUGUCAUUAUUGCCCUCAAUUCCUAGGACAGCACAGUACACCCUAACUUCAGAAAAGCGUUAAAGUGACAUUAUAGGCACCAAAACAAUUUAAGCUUAAUUAAGCUGUUUUGGUGUGUAGAUCGUGCUCCUGCAGUUUCACUGCUCAAUUAUCUUCCAUUUAGGAGUUCAGUUACUUUGUUUUUACAGCCUUAGUUACAGCCUUCCUAAAGGAACAUAAAUAUUCUAGUCUGUUUAAUCUAGAAUUUUAUUACAAGACACGGAGGCUCGUAUUUGCAUAUCCCUUUCUUUACUGUCCACAACAGCAGCAAAGAACAUUAACAGAAUGAAAAAAGUAAAGGUAGUGCAUGCCUCAUACAUAGGCCACGCCCCCCCCAGUGUCCAGUAUAAUAGUCUGGUCCGCCCUCCAAAUUCCCUCUUUCUUUGCUGCUCCACGUCAGAUAAGUACCUUUUAUUACACUCUCAAGCAAUUUUACUCUGUUUUACAAUCUUAAUUUAUUCAUCUUUCUCCUUAUUUAUCUGUUGGUUUGCUGUUUUCCCUAUUUAUCUCCCAGACUCCCAGACUGUUUGGGUGCCCUCUUAAUUACCUAUGGGCAACCCCUCCACUCCAGGUGGUCACCUUUUUCCCCCCUUUGCUCCCUCUCCUUUCUACCCUCCUGCGUUUACCUCUUCUCCAGCUACAGCACUUUCGCACCGGUUUCCUCUAAGGCACUUUCCUCCCUGUCAACGGCCCUCUCGCAGUCCAUUGCCCACGCCCUUUUGGCAUGGCCUAUGGACACAGACCCGGUGAUUCAGGCGUAAUCCUCACACGCCCCACGGGACAAUCUGCCGAUCAGGCACCCAAAAAGGCUUCACACAAAGCCAAACAUAUUUCCCCCCUGCCUCCAGAAACACCAGGACUGGCGCACCACUGGUUGCCCCUGAAAGCGUGACACAAGCACGCAAACGAGCCUUUCCGCGCCAGGCAGAACGGGCGCGACUUUGGAAAUGUGCGAGAGCACAGAUUGAGAGCGACACCGACUCAGAAAUCGGGUCAGAGGAGAAGGCCAAGAUCGAGUCAGAAAUCGACUCAGAUGCAGAGGGAUCUGAGCUGGGCACAGACCUAUUUUCCUCCGUACAGGCGGAGACGCAUGGAGGCGAUAUAGGGACGGUGCACCCCGCUACCGCGGGGUCCGCCCUACUGGACCCGCUAGGAGAGCCAUUAUUUGACCCGGACAAGCUUCACCACCCUAGGUCUGCGGAAUGGCUCCCAGCGGAUCACGUUGCCGGUUACCUAGAAGUAUGGGUACGGCGCCCUCUCAGUAAGACCGCAAGAAAUAAAUUAAGGGCUGAAUGCCCCAGACCGGUGGUCCCCAACAAGGUAUGCAAUACCCCAGAGGUGGACCAUAAAAUGACCCAGUAUUUAACUAAACUGGGCUGGAACCCACGCAAGGGUCUUGACUCAGCUCUACGGGCCUGCCAGGAUAAACACCUGGAUAUCUUUGGCCCCCUGGCCAAACUAUUUGACCUGGCAGAGGACACCAAAGCUGAAUAUUGCAUGGUCAACCCUGAUGACCUACGAGGCUGGGUACAAAGAGCAAUAUGCAUUGCUGGGAGCGUUAAUACCUCCCUAUCAAUUGUAAAGCCAUACUGUUCAAAAUCGACCCAAAACUAGCCAACUUGGCCCUUACGGAGGCCGGUAAAGAUGCCCAGGGCCUUCUAUUUGGGGAAUCUUUUAUCAAGGAUUUGGGGCGUUAUGUGGGCACGUUCACUGCCCUAGAUAAGGCACAAACCUCUAUGAGGAAAGUAUUUCAGGGACGGGUCUCUACCAGGGCCAGCAGAUCUAGGAGCCGUCUGUCUGGCCGGAGUUCCUUCCAGUCCCGAUGCACGGGACGAGGCUCCAUUUCACAGCGACCCAGCUGUCAUGACACUAGGAGCCGAUCCCAAUUCUUCCCGUCCCGCAGCCGGCCAUGGCACUCAAGAGGUUUCCGGGGAUACACCAGUUCAAGACGACCUUGCGGUGAGUCUAUACAAACAUCAAAAAAUGUACACCCGUCUAUUUUCUUCUCAUGUUUGUGUAGGGGGCAGACUACAACAUUUUUUACCAGCAUGGUUAGAUCUGACGUCCGACACUUGGGUUCUCAACACAAUACAAGGGUUUCAAAUCGAACUUGUGGGAGACCCGACAAGUAUCCCCUCCCCCAGACCGUUUCGCCUAUCUCAGCACGACCAAGUGCUGAUCAACGAGGAACUAUCCAACCUCAUGGACAAGAGGGCGAUAGAACUGGCACCCACGGGCACCACUGGGAUCCUGAGCAACGUCUUUCUCGUGGUGGACUCGAUACAAGAAUCUUUGAGCUUACCCACACACAAGAUUCGUGGGAUCCGCAAGGAGCUGCGCAGGGCACUCCUCCGACCCCAACUCUCUCUGCUACAACAAGCUCGCUUAAUUGGCCUCCUAACUUCCUCUAUCCAGGCAGUGUUCCCUGCUCCUCUACACUACAGAGCCCUACAGCGAAUCAAGAUCGCACACCUACGGGAGGGCGCGUCCUACGCGGACCUGAUAACUCUGGACAGAGAAACGAAAGACGAAAUGCACUGGUGGAUUCUCAAUUUGUCCGCUUGGAACGGCAAGGCGAUCUUCGGUGCCCUUCUGGAUUUCACCAUAGAAUCAGACGCGAAUCUGCAGGGAUGGGGCGCUCACUGUGCAGGAGUCUCUACGGGAGGUCGCUGGUCGGAGACCGAAGCCUGGUUACACAUCAAUGCUUUGGAACUUCUAGCGGGCUCCUUCGCGAUUCGCAGCUUCGCAAAGGAUCAGGCACAAGGAUGCAUUCGCCUCCGCAUGGACAGCGUUUCAGCGGUGCGGUACAUCAAUCACAUGGGCGGCACCCAGUCGACGCUCCUAGCCGGACUAGCGAAGGACUUCUGGGAAUUUUGUCUGGAGCGGAAUUUGAUGGUCCAAGCGGAAUACUUGCCGGGGCUGCACAACGUCCAAGCGGACUGGAGUUCACGCUAUCUCUCGGAUUCCAGCGACUGGUAAUUGGACGUGGAAGUGUUCUCCACUAUAUCAUCUCUGUGGGGUCCUUUUGCCAUAGACCUCUUCGCAUCCCGUCUCAACGCACAACUCAAGCGCUUCUUCAGCUGGAGACCGGACCUGUUGGCAGAAGCCGUGGAUGCCUUUCUACAGGAUUGGCAAGGAGCCCUCCUGUACGCGUUUCCCCCAUUCUCAAUGAUUCCUCGCACCCUCAUUCAAACCCGCCGCCAGCGGGCCAAAUUAGUUCUUGUGACUGCCUUUUGGGGGACGCAGUCUUGGUUCCCGCAACUAUUGGAAAUGGCGGUGGAUCAUCCCAGACUAUUGCUAGCCUUCCAGGAACUUCUUCGGAACCCAUCAGGUGAUUUCCACCCCCUCCUGGAGGAUGCCUCACUCAGCCUACUGGCCUGGCGCAUUUCGGGGGACCCUGAACGGUCCAUGGCAUUUCGGAAUCAACUCGACGAUUACUGGCGAAUGCAUGGGCCCCAGGCACCAGACGAGCAUAUGGGUCAGCCUGGAGAACUUGGACUGGUUGGUGCUUGGCUAGGAACGUGGAUUCUGUUUCAGCCCCUGUGACCUGCAUUCUGGAGUUCCUUACAUCCCUAUUCGAAGAAGGGAAAGCAUACCGAACCAUCAACUUAUACAGAUCGACUAUUUCUUCGACACACCAGGGCGUAGACGGACACCCAGCCGGUCAACACCCACUGGUGUGCAGACUCCUAAGGGGCUCCAGGCUUUCCCGUCCACCCAGACCCCACUAUUCCUCCACGUGGGACGUUUCGACUGUUUUGUCCCUCCUUACCUCCUGGCCUUCGAACCCGGAUCUUUCCUUACGCCGAUUAUCGGCCAAAUUAGUUUGUCUCCUUUGCCUAAUAUCUUGCAAGAGAUUAUCAGACGUCCGGGCCUUGGAUCUUGACGCCAGAUUGUACACCCCCGACGGGGUUACGUUCAUUAUCAACAGACGGACGAAAACAUCCCUUACUUCAGUAUCGUACCCGGCUUUCCCUUCUACGCCGGCACUGUGCCCAGUGGCGUGCUUAAAAGCAUAGAAAGACCGCACUAGUAACUGCCGGAAUCCCAGUUUUUUUCUCUCUCCGUCCACCCUUUAAACCGGUGGUAAGCACUACUCUCUCACGUUGGUUGAAAUGGCUAAUUGGCACAGCGGGUAUUGACACCUCUAUAUUUGGUGCGCAUUGUGUGAGGGGCGCAUCGGCCUCUGCAAUUAUCACUUCAGGAGCACAUUUGGAGGACCUCAUGAAGAUGGCCGACUGGUCGAGGGAAUCGGCGUUCCGAGAGUUUUACUUUCGCCUGACUACACAUCCGUUUACGGCAGUGGGGGACCAGCUUUAAACUUGCAAAUACGAGCCUCCGUGUCUUGUAAUAAAAUUACAUGAUUUUGCUAUUGCAUGAUGAAAAGUCAUGAUUUUAAUAAAGACACGGAGGCGAGUAUUUUCCCACCCAAUUUGUUCUGGUACGUCAUGUUUAUUACUCUGCAAAUUUUUUCCCACGCAGAUCAUCGGCACGAGCCCGGAGACGAUGAGGUGGUAAGUGGGGCAAGUUUUUAUUGUGGGUAUGUUGUGAGAACAAGACCUGCCUGACUCCUCUUUCCUAUCCAAUAUUGAUGUCUAGGAGUGGAUGGUACCCCUCGCAAUAGCCCACUAACCCGGCCUUUGAAGGUUGGCUCCUUCCCUGACCUCCUGGCUCACUUUGUGGUAUCCUCUACCUGCCCCCUAAACCUGCUGGGUGCAGAUGUCCUCUCCCGCUUGCAGGCCUCAAUCACCUUCACCCCAGAUGGACUUAUUCAAUUAUCCUCUCCCCUGUCUGCUGCUGAUACAUCAGCCCUUUGCUCCCUACCCGUCCUGCUCCACAUAGAGAACCCUGUCAGGAAGAAAGGGGCGCCUGACACCUCCCCCAGUGCCAUAGACAGAGUACCUCCCAAGUUGUGGUCCACAGGCCCAGAGGACAUUGGACGCCUCCAGUCCUAGUGAAGCUAAUCCCAGGGGCCAGCCUGCCCCGUAAACCGCAAUACCCUCUGAAGCCUGCCCAGGCCCUUGCCAUCUCUCAACAGGUUAAGACCCUAGUGUCCAGUGGUGCCUUGGUCUCCUGUGUGUCUCCCUGUAACACACCCCUUUUCCCCGUGAAAAAGAAAACUGCAAAAGGGGAGCCCGAAAAAUACAGGAUGGUUCAGGACCUCCGUGCCGUUAAUGAAGCUACCAUUCUAGAAACUCCCAUUGUGCCCAACCAGCACACGCUCCUGUCAGGAAUCCCUUCUACCGCAAAGUUCUUCACGGUGGUGGAUUUAGCUAAUGCAUUCUUCAGUGUUCCCCUGGAUCCUUCAUGUCAAUAUCUAUUUGCCUUCACCCAUGAACGUCAGCAAUACACCUGGACUGUCAUGCCUCAAUGUGCACAAAACUCUCCCAGCCAGUUUGCAAAAGCAAUGGCUUCGAUUCUGGACUCAUGGCAAAAAGCUCACACCGAUGUGGUCCUGCUGCAAUACGUGGAUGACCUCCUCUUGUGUGCUGACGACCUCCUGACUGCUGAGCGUACUUUUGAAGAUCUCCUAUGUUUUCUCGCGGAGCAAGGCCUCUACACAGAAACUACAGUGGUGCCUACCCUCAGUGGUUUUCCUGGAUCACUGCCUCUCACAUGGUACAUGCCACCUAACCCGGGACUGGGUGAGAGCUAUCACGGACAUAGCACAUAAACUCCUCCAUGCCUUCCUGGGCCUAAUCUCCUACUGCAGGGCCUGGAUCCCAGAGGCCUCCUUCCUCAUGCAACCCCUCUAUGACGACCUCAAGUCUGUACCAUUUUCCCUGAGGCACUAUCUAGUUUCUUUCCCAUAAGACAUGUCAUCUCCACUGCCCCGGCCCUGAGCCUCCCCGACUUUCAAAAACCCUUUAAGUUGUUUGUGUCAAAGAGACAGGGUGAUGCCUCUGGGGUCCUCACGCUGUCCCACGGCUCACGCCAGUGCCCCAUUGGCUUUUACUCUUGCCAACUAGACCCUGUGGCAAGGGGAGGCCCUCCUGCCUUAGAGCAGUAUUUGCAGCCCAUGCCCUCAUUGAUAAGACCAAUGAUUUGGUACUUGGUCAUCAGCUUGUCAUCCUUGCCCCUCAUGACAUUGCUACCAUCCUUAACCAAGUCCAGCCUAAACAUCUCUCUGCUGCCCGCCUUCUCCACUUACAAUGUUCCCUCAUACUCCCAGACAAUGUGUCCCUGCAGAAGUGUUACUCCCUCCUUAACCCGUCCACUCUUCUGCUGCUUCCCAAGGGUGGACCUACCCACUAUUGGUACAGCCUAGAUAUAGACGCAGGCUACAUGUGUUUUCUUUUGACUCAACUCAUGCCCCUCGUCCCACAUGAUACUCAGACUCUCCAUCAAGUCCCAUAUGUUGUUCAGACUUUCCCUCACUGCACCUUGUGGUACAAAAACACCCAGGACUCGACCCCCACUAUGAGGAAGACCUGCUUCAGUUCGAGGAGGUGACACUCACCAAAACGGACCUGUUCUGCGAUUCUAAGUUUUGGUCAAGUUUAGUUUAAGGAAGUGGGCAGCCAUCCAGUUAGAAACAGCAGAGAGGCAGUCAGAGACACUAGUCAAGAGGGACGGGGAAAGAUCAGGAGAGGACAGGCAUAUUUGCGUUUCAUCUGCAUAGAAAUGAUCUUGGAAGCCAAAGGAGCUAAUGAGUUUACAAAGGGAGGCAGUAUAGAUGCAGAACAGUAGGGGACCAAGGACUGAACCUUGGUGGACACCAACAGAGAGGAGUUGGGGAGAAGAAGCAGAGUCGGAGAAAGAAACACGGAAAGAGCGCUGGGAGAGGUAGAAGGAGCAAAAGGAGAGAGCAAUAUCUUGGAGACCGAUGUUGCAGAGGAUGAGAAGAAACUGUUGAUGGAACAGGCCCAUUUUAAAAAAACAAAAAAUGUUUUUUUGUUUUUUUUUACACACUACUCUUAGAUUUACCACUUAACUGGUAUUUUAAUGCCACAGCUGGUAUUUGAGGCUGCCUGGCCAGUGCCAGUAUUGCCGUAAUACCGGUAAUACAAAUGCAGGUAUUUUUCUCAGUAUAAACGGAAAUUACUCUGCAAUACCAGCACCGGCCAGUAGGGGUCACUGUGUGUGAGGACAGGCAGGGAUAGGAAGUUACAGCAUAUCCCUGCCUCUCUCUACUACUCACUGAUCCGUGCGGGAGCAGCUACAAAGCACAGAGAGUCCAGACAGCAGCUCUACAGCUCAGGUAAGUGAGGGAUGGGGGGAAAGGCAGCAGGGAGACAUGGGGACACUGAGACAUUAGGAGACACUGAGAAACUAGGGGACCCAUGGGGACACAGACACUAGGGGAUACUGUGAGACCUGGGGAAACUGAGACACUAGGGGACACUGGGAGAAAUGGGGACACUGAGAGACAUAGGGACAUUGGGAGACACUGAGACACUAGGGACCCAGUGUCCCCAUGUCUCCCAGUGUCUGUGUCCCCAUGUCUCAGUGUCCCUAUGUUUCCCAGUGUCCCAAAGUGUCUUAGUGCCCCAUGUCUGCCAGUGUCCCCAAGUGUCUCAGUGACUUGGGGACACAGUGAGACAUGGGGACUCUGACAGAAAUGGGAACACUGAGACACAGAGACUAGGAGACUGGGCAACAUAGGGACACUGACACUGUGAUACAUAGGGACACUGAGAGACUGGGUGACUUGCAAGACUGAGACACUGGGAGACAGGGAGACACUGGGAGCAAUCCAUCUAUACAGCAGAAUCUAACUGUGAGUAGUUUGUUGGUGAUUUUACAGAAUUUUCUCUUAUGUCACUCCUUGUGAUUUACAUUAUGAGAUGUCACGCAUAACUAAUUAAUUAUACAAAUGUAUAAGGCUGGUAUUUUUUUCCAAGAAAGGUGGCAACCCUAACUACUCUUCACAUACUCUUGCUUAAAGGAACACUAUAGGGUCAGGAAUACAAUCAUGUAUUUCUGACCUUAUUAUGUUAAAACCACCAUUUAUCCCCCCUGGCCCCCUCUUGCCUCCCUAAAUAUAGUAAACUCUUACUUGUAUUCGUGUCUGCAGCUGCUGGCUCUGUCUCUGUCUGCCUUUGAACUGACUCUGUCUGCUGACAUCAUCAGAAGUGGUGGUCUGAGCAAAUUACAAUGCUUCCCCAUAGGAUUGGCUGAGACUGUCAACUAGGCAGAUCAGGGGCAGAGCCAGCACAAGUCAAACAUAGCCCUGGCCAAUCAGCAUUUUCUCAUGAAGAUACAUUCAUUCAAUGCAUCUCUAAGAGGAAAGUUCAGUGUCUGCAUGCAGAGGGUGGAGACACUGAAUGGCUGUGCUGCACAUUAGGCAGUACUGCCCCAGGAGGCACCUCUAGCAGCCAUCAGAGUUAUUUUCUCUGAAAAGACAGUGUUUACUGCAAAAAGCCUGGAACUUACUAGAACAUAUACAAUAAGCUGUAGUUGUUCUGGUGACUAUAGUGUCCCUUUAAGUUUGUAAGCUUAAGAGGGAUGCAUGGGAACAAAACCUGUGUGGACUGGCUGACAAUAACAUUAGUUUAGAUAAUGCAGACUUUGGUCUCUCUAACACUGGCAUGUCCCUUUUCUUCUACACUCACUACAUACACCUUUUCUCUGUCCCAGACUAUAUAGCAGGAACUUCUGCCUGCUAGUAAGAUGAUAAGGAGACAAGUGGACAUGUGAGUGCUAGGGGACAGUCCUUAGAAAGCGUGGAGUAGGCGCAUCAUUUGAUGCAUUUAUGUCAAGUUCAGGGUGCUGCCUGCAUAGUAUGCCCUUAGUUGGACAGCCUACAUUCAUGCCAGGCUGGCCUUCCAAAUUAUUGGACAAAAAGGUCCCUUUUUGGGCAUGUUCACCCCUUUUGGCAGGUCUGGUCACGUGACUCGCGCCAGUGGCAGACUCUUUUACACUGCACAUUGACUUCCUGCUUCACUGGACACUGCUGUUAGGGGGUAUGGAUUUACUUGAAAGAUGAAAGCAUAAAUUAGAGAGAGAUUAGCAUAGAGUAUGUGUUUUCGUAUAGCUGCAUCCUUUGAGUUUCCCUCCAACACCAUCUAAAUCAGAUACAUGACGCUUGGGAGGUAUGGUUGUUUUAGUGCUUUUGGUCGAUAAGAUUCUGUAAUUAGGCCCAUCAUAAUUGUCAGCACCAGGCCCACUGGGCUCUUAAUUUGGCCCUGAUCACAGGCUAUUGUCCUAAGGUUGUUUUGACACUUUCUACGUAGCCAUUUCACCGCCAAUCUCUGCUAAAUAUUGGAGUAAAAUUUAGUUUUUGGGGGUUUUUGGCACACAAACGUAUAACAAAGAACUUCUCAUGUGUAUUUUGUAAAGUUGGCGUGUGCUAUUCCUGUACAAAGUUUUAUUUUGUGUUCAGUUACUUCUGCUGAGUACAACGAUACCCCCAUUGUAUGUCUUUGGCACUAUUUCGUGAAGCUACAGUGCCAUAUAGAAGACCUGUCCGUUUCAACAUUUACAGUAGAAUUUUGAGAGGCGGAUUUAAUGGGCCUAUGCUUCAAUUUGGGGUAUUGUAGCAGUUUGACUGUUCAAAAAACCCCCACAAAAUAUACGAGUGGACUGCAGUACACCCACUCAAACAAUGGGUGCACAUAGAAGGCUCCAUGUUCCAAUCCCCUUUAUACACAAUCCCAUGGCAUGACGAGGGACGUACACUCGUCCUGCCUCAACACUCACACCACCCACCUCACCCUUCUACCCUCUAGCACACAACCCAAAAUUUUUACCAACAUACGCCCCCAGUUCUUUCAUCAAUUCCCACCAACUCAAAAGACAAGAUACCCGAUGGUUAACACGGCCGUAACACCAACAGGAGUAGCUCCACUGUCUAUCCUAGCCUCCACAGACCACCCAAAUACCAAACAAUAUUUCCAAUAUGCUCAGCUGGCCCACUUCCUGAAGGGGGACCCGCACCUUCUCCGGGGAACAAGAGCAUACACCAAAUAUGAAACCUACUGCACCACCCACAGCCUACAAACCAAGCACCUAUCUAUAUUCUACACACUUCUUGACACCGCAAGUCACACCCUUCCACCCACAUUCACAGCGGCAUGGGAAACUGAGCUGGGUAUCACCAUUCCCGUGGGAACAUGGCAUAGAAUAUUCACAUACGCCCAUGCCACGUCCAUCAGCACUGCAGUACGGGAAAGCACAUACAAAAGAAUCUCCAGAUGGCACUACUCACCCGCUAAGAUUCAUGCUAUCUUUCCAACAGUGCCAGAUAUAUGUUGGAGGUGCGGGCAACCCAAAGGAACCACAGCUCACAUCUGGUGGCUAUGCCCAAUCAUCCAAACAUAUUGGCAGAGACUGGGAGGGUUAAUAAAAGCUAUCACAGGCCAUCAGCUACCACAAUCCCCUGAAACUUUCCUCUUCAUCAUACACACAACCCGCAUGCCAAGCCUCCAACGAAAACUCGUCAACCAUAUGCUGACAGCAGCAAACAUGUUGAUACCGUUAAAAUGGAAGAGCACCAAUGCCCCAUCAGUACGGGAGUGGAUACAGAAGGUAGAAUUCAUAAGGACCAUGGAAGAACUAGACGCAUCAUACUCUAAUAAAUACAUCAUCUACACCCUAACAUGGCAGCCUUGGUUGACCUAUCUGGGUAGUAGAGUCAUCUAAAUACUAUCCAUACAUGACCAUCCCAAUACCUACACCAUCCCUACCUCCCCCUUUCAUUCCUACUUUACAUUACCAAUUAUAUCAUGUUAAAAGUUGAAUCGAUGCCACCGGACCAAACAGCUGUUCUGUUCAAUGACUAGAUUCUCUUUACUUACUUUAUCAUACAACUAUGAAAAAAGUAAAAAUGCGCAGACUCUGUUCCCUGCAUAUCUUGAAUUGUUCAUUGUUAUACCUGGGUGGCACAUAACACCUAUGUCAUGUAAUACUUUAUGCGCAAUAAAAUAAAGAUUUAAAAAAAACAAAAAACACAAAGGCCUACCAUUUGUAAAAGUAGACACUCCAGGGUAUCUCAUAUGGUGCAUGUUGUGCCUUAACAUAUCCCCAUUUGUUCACCAAUAUAUGCCAAAGUAUGUGGUAAAAAAUAAUUUUGGGCAUUUUUUACAGACGGAUUACAUUUUUGCUGGGCAUUUUGUACAUUUCAUAUGUGCCACUAAGUUCAAACCCUCCAAAUUAUGCUCAGCUAAGUCUUCUGAGUAAAACAAUAUGCCCAAUGUAUGACCUAGACACUAUUUUGUGAAGUUACACUGCUGUAAAAGAGACGUGACAAGUUAAGGUUUUGAAGUGUGAAUUUUCAUGGAGGGUUUUGAUGCGUCCGUGUCCCACUUUGGAGCACUUGAGCAGGCUACAUAUUACAACUACACCAUAAAGGCAUACCAUUUCUUAAAGAACACAUCCCAGGAUAUUUCAAAAGGCAUAUUUUGAACCUUAGCGUGGGAUAAUUUUUCCGCUAGCUUGUUCCAAUUGUAGUGGUAAUAAGUGUUUUUUUUUGCCUUUUUGACACACAAAGUGAGUUUGCACAGUAUAUUUUGCAAAUCGAAUGUGUGCUACAACUGUAUAAUACUUCAUAUGUUGCUCAGCUAUGUCAGCUGAGUACAGCAAUACCCCCAUAUGUACCUUUGCCAGGUAUAUGUGGACAUUGAAGGGGCACAUUUGAGACACAGCCAUUCCAGUUUUUCUUAAAUUUUGAAUUUUUACGCUGUGUCCAUGUCCCAUUUUAGAGUAUUUUACAAGGCUAUAUAAUCCAAUUACACCAUACAGGCAUACCAUUUCUUAAAGAAGACAUCCCAGGGUAAUUCAAAAGGCAUAUUUUGAACCUUAGCGUGGGAUUAUUUUUCUGCUAGCUUGUACCAAGUGUAGUGGUAAUGAGCAUUUUUUAAUGUAUUUUUUUUACUUUGUAAACCUUUGUUUACUUUGCAAAACCCGUUUUUAAACUUUUUUUUACUUAUUAAAUGUUUUACAUUUUCUUAACUUUUUUUCUAAACUUUUCUUUUACCGUUAACUCCUAACUAGCAGUAAGCAGCACUAACAGUAAAUUCCCCCUUUUCCGAUAACUCCCACAUACUCCAGCUAGCAAAAUAUAAUUGAAAAUGUAUUUAUACUUACCGUAACUUGCUUUUCCUGGUCAUAGGCCAUGGCAGCACAACAUUGGGUAGCUCCUCCCUAUCCCCAUUAGACAGGAAUAAUAAUUAAGCCGUAUAAGUACCACCUCCUACCCCUCCUUCCCCAGUCAUGUUUUUCAGCAAUAGCCCUGGGUGGGACCCUUGUGCUGCCAUGGCCUAUGACCAGGAAAAGAAAAUUACGGUAAGUAUGAAUAAAUUUUCCAUUUUCCUGGCCAUAUCCAUGGCAGCACAACAUUAGGUUAUACCCAAGCAAUAAACCAGGGAGGGAAGAAGACACAGACUCGAAAAUUUGAAUGCAAAGUGUAUUAACACCAUUAACAAGUGACAAACAAAGAAAUCAUGUAUCGGAUACAGACAGAACUGAUUUAGCAAAUUGAUCUGAUAGACCUGCUCUGACAUCAAUUUGAUAACUUCUAAUGAAGGUAUUGGUGGAAGACCAUGUGGCCGCCUUACAAAUGAGUUCAGGAGAGACGUUAGCUGCGGCUGCACAGGAAGAUGAGAGGGCCCUAGUGGAAUGGGCUUUAAGACCCACAGGGACUGGAUUUCCAGAAGAUUGAUAAGCCAGUAUAAUGGCUGCCACUAUCCACCUGCUAAUGGUAGAUUUAGGGGCUUGUAAGCCUUUUUUACUACAGCUAUGAAGGACCAAGAGACUUUGAGAAGUGCACCAAGCAGCAGUCCUUUCAAUAUAUAUAUGAAGGCAUCUCACUAGGUCCAGAGAUGACAGGUCAGUUGAAUUCUCACUUUCUGGGAAUUCAGACCUCAGAGAUGGAAGAACAAUAUCUUCGUUGAUGUGAAAAGCGGAGGUGACUUUAGGUCUAAAUUCAGGAACAGUACGGAGGAUAACUCUGUCCUUGUGAAAGACUGUAAAGGGUUCCUUAAUGGAUAGGGCGUGGAGCUCCAAAACUCUCUUGCCGGAAGCUAGGGCGAUCAGCAAAGCUGUCUUAAUAGAGAGAACAUGUAGAGGAAUUGAUUCAAGGCGUUCAAAGGGCUCCAAUUUUAAGGCGUUCAGAACCAAAAGGGAGAUUCCAGGAGGGAACAAAUGGCUUAAUUGGAGGUUUAAUUUUAAGGACUCCUUUAAUGAAUCUGAUAACAUCCCAGUCCAAUGCCCAUCUAUGAUUGGUUAAGGCGGACAAAGCUGAGACUUGUACUUUUAGAGUAUUAUAACUCAGACCUUUAGCAAGUCCAGACUGCAGGAACUCCAAAAUAUCCGUGGAAGAGGGAUUCUGCAGAGGAGGUUCCACUGAAAAACUUUGAAGCAGGGGAAACCAAGGCCUUCGAGGCCAAUAGGGCGCUAUCAGGAUGAGAGAUACCUGCUCUGUUCUCAUCCUCCUCAGGAUUGGGAAGAUCAGUGGAAAUGGAGGGAACGCACACCCUAUUUUGAAUCUCCAGGGACUGGACAAAGCGUCUCUUCCCAGUGCCAUAUGGUCUUCUUCUUUCGUGAAGAAGUCCUUUACUUUCCUGUUGACCCGAGAAGCUAGUGGGUUCACUUGUGAGAGACCCCACUUGUCUACAAUCGUGCGGAAUACUCUGUCCGAUAGGCACCAUUCCCCUGGGUCUAUCCUGGAUCUGCUGAGGUAAUCUGCUAAUUGAUUCCGUUUCCCUGGUAGAUGGAUGGCUGUAAGGCCUGCCAGGUUCCUCUGAACCCACCACAUCAGUCGUUUCAUAAUCACCAUCAUCUUGCCACUCCAGGUGCCUCCUUGAUGAUUGACAUAGGAUACCACGGUGGUGUUGUCUGUUCUUAUCUUUACCCAUUGACCCUAGAGAUGCACCGAGAAGUGUUUCAAUGCUUUGAGGACUGCCAGAAGUUCUAGCAGAUUGGAAUGCACAUUGUUUGCCAUGAAACUCCAUUCUUCCUGUGCAAAGUCGUGGAGACAAUGGGCGCCCCAUCCCCAUUGGCUGGCAUCUGUUGUCACUGCUAUCCAUGUGAUGUCUCCUAUUGGAAAACCCCUGGAUAGGUGUUCUUUGUUCACCCACCAGAUCAGAGAAUGGCGUACGGCCCGGGAUAACCUGAUGGGUUGAAGCAGAUUCUUGGAGGAAAAUUGCAUCAGGAAAUUGGCUUGAAAUGGUCUCAUCCUCCAUUGUGCCCAUCUGGUCAGUCCUAUCGUGGAGGACAUAGAUCCAAGAAGGCUCAUUACCGCCUUUGCAGGAUCAAUACUGGACUUUAACAUCUUUCUCAAUUGUAUCCUGAGUUUCAAUAUUCUUGCCAUUGAAAGUUGGACAGUACCCAUCAGAGUGUCGAAGUGAGCACCUAAAUAAAUCAUGGAGGUGGGUGGAGGUGGCUCUUCUUGGUGUUGAUCUUCCAGUCGUGGGCUUGCAGAAACUGAAUGCUGGUAAUAGCUUGGGAGGUCAAUGAAUCUUUGCUGUUUCCUAUGAUCAGGAUGUCGUCCAAAUAAUGGUAGAUAGCAAUAUUCUGUUUUCUUAGUUCUGCAAUCAGAACUACCUACACUUUUGUGAACAUCCUCGGGGCUGUGCUUAGUCCAAACGGGAGGGCUCUGAACUGGAAAUUACCUUCUUCCACGGCAAACCUCAGGAACCUUUGAUGGGACUGAGCAAUGGGUAUGUGAAAGUAGGCGUCUAACAGGUCUAUAGACAACAUCCAUUGGUUGGGUAACACUACUUUGAUUAUAGACUGCAGGGAUUCCAUCUUGAAUCUGCGAAUGUGUAGAUGCUUGUUUAAUCUGUGCGGAUCCAGAAUGGGUCUCCAUCCUCCUGAGGAUUUUUUCGUUAAGAAGAUGUGAGAGUAAAACCCCUGAGCUCUGUCGUCUGCUGUCACUGUUAUGAUGACCUUCUCUGCUUGUAAGGAUAGAAUGAAGUUUUGUAGAGCCAUACGCUUCUCUUUGUCCCCUGGCCACUUUGUGAGAUGAAAGGACCUGUUGGGAGGAUGCUUGAAGAAUUCUAGAAGGUAUCCUCUCCGAAUAAUAUCCAGCACCCAACUGUCGCUUGUGGAUUCUUCCCAUACGGGUAAAUAUUGAAGAAGACAAGCCCCUACCCCUUCGGAUUUGGGAAUUAUAUAGUCAUAAAUUCCUAGGGUUCUUGGAGGGAGAAGCACCUCGUGACUUGCCUCCUCCUCCUCCAGAUUGGGCUCCUCUCCCCGGUUGAAAUCUGGAAUAUUCUCUACCAGGCUUGUCAGAUCUACUAUCUCGAAAGGAAUGAUACUCUUUUCGGGCACGAAAGGAACCUUUAUAUUUCCUCUCUUGAGGUAGAAAGGCCGCCCUCUUUAUACAUUCGUCUAAGUGCUUACCAAACAACAUAUUCCCGUGGAAUGGUAAGGAACAUAAACUAUUCUUGGAGGAAGCAUCGGCUGCCCAAGACCUGAGCCAAAGCGCACGUCUGGAGGAAAUUGAAAAGGACAUAUUUCUAGCAAGAUUUCUUACUAGAUCCACUGCUGCUUCGGACGAAAAAUCAAUGGCUAAACGCAUAUCUCUUAGGCCAUCCACAAUGGAGGAACGGCUUCUGCCACUCCUGAUGUCCUCCUCCAGUUCUUGUAGCCAUACGUUCAUAGCUCUUGUAACUGACGUAAGAGCAACGGCAGGGUGGAGACUCGUGCCUGAGGCUACAUAGGACUUGGAAAGGUAGUACUCCAUUUUACGAUCCAUCGGAUCCCUGAAGGAACUUGCAUCGUCCACGGGUAGGGUAGUGUGUUUGGCUAACCUGACAACUGCAGCAUCAACCUUGGGUGCAAAAUCCGAUGCUUCUGCAUCUUUGGGCUCAAACGGGACCAUUCUUCCUUAAUAAGAUCACUGAUUGUCUCAUGCACCGGGAAAGCUGCUCUUUUUCUCCUAAGAUCAGAGAAAUAUCGAUUAGACGUAGAGGGUUCCUCUUCUGAGGGUUCCUUUAAAGUGAGGGCUUCUCUAACCUGGGCAAUUAAAUGAUCCACUUCCCCUGGUAGCAGGAAGUCUGGAUCUGGCAUAGCAUCCUCCUCCGAGGAAAAAGCUAGGUCUCUCAGCUAAGCUGAAUCCAUAAACUCAUCUUCUGAGUUUCCUGGAGAAAAAUCUGAGGGCUCAGAAUAUCUAGGUCGUUUGUGGGUCUUUCCCACCUCUCUGAUGCCCUGGGCAACUACAUGCUUUAUACGUUGCAUAAUGUCCGGUGUUGGAUUAGAAGGUCCUGCAGUUGCUGAGAGACAAUCUGAACAGAGACGUUUCCCUUCUAUGGCUCUGUUGUCACAGGAUAUGCAUAGCAUCCUUUUGGGCGACUUCCCUUUGGACGAUCCUGAAGUCUUUGUACUUUUAGCACUACAAUACACAAAACGUGCUUUUGAGUACAUUCCCACUCUUAUUUUUUUAUUUAAGAAAAAGAUGGCUUACCUAUAUUGCUUAGAUUGUGACCUAUUAUGAGAUGAAUCCGAUUCCCUGGAUCUUGAACGAGAAUCCAUCUGGAAAUAAUUGAUGGAAAAGAUGAACUUAAACCAAGAAGAGUAAGGAUAAUAAAAAAAGAAAUAAUGUGGAAAAAUACAGAAAAUUUUAUCAUGCUUACCGUAAUUUUCUUUUCCUGGCUAUUAUUCAUGGAAGCAUCACUUAUGGGUAGUUCCACCCUAAUCAGGAACAGGACAGGAUAAAAUCAAUUAAAUACGGACCAGACUGGGUAUAAAAGGUCCCUCCUCCUUCUAUCCCACAGUCUAGUUCCAAAGCUAAAUCUGAUAACAAGGGGGGGUUGCUGAUGCUGCCAUGAAUAAUAGCCAGGAAAAGAAAAUUACGGUAAGCAUGAUAACAUUUUCUGUAUUCCUGGCUAAUCAUGGCAGCAUCACUUAUGGGUAAUACCCAAGCUUCACCAUAGGGUGGGAAAUUCAAAAAACAAAAAAAACUCCAAACCAGAUAAUGCUGAAGAAAGUUUAAUUUAGAUAGAUUCCACAGAGGACAGAACACCUCUACCAAAAGCCGUAGAGGAAGAUGCCAAAUCCAGUUUGUAGUGUUUGAUGAAAGUGAGAGGAGAAGACCAUGUAGCUGCCUUACAGAUGUCGUCAGAUGGAACUUCUGCCCAAUUAGCCCAUGAUGUUGCUAAAGCCAUUGUAGAGUGUGAUUUGAUCCUACUAGGAGGAACAAGGUCUUUCAACUGAUAAGCCUUGAUUAUAGUAUUGGAGAUCCAACGUCUCAAGGUGGAAGUAGAGGCUGCUUCCCCUCUUCUGGGACCAAUCGGAAGAACAAACAGCUGUUGAGACUUCCGAAAUUGAGUAGAAACCUCUAUGUACUUGAGUAGGCACUGCCUGACAUCCAAUUGAUGAAGUUUCACUUCCUCUGGAGUAGAAGGAGAUGGAUAAAAGGAAGGAAUAACAAUUUCCUGUAAGAUGUGGAAAUUCGAGACAACUUUCGGCAGAAACUCUUGUCUGGGUCUCAAGAUCACCCUGUCGUGGAAUACCUGAAAGUGAUUUUCAUCGCAGGAAAAUGCAUGAAUUUCCGACAUGCGUUUUGCAGUAGUAACAGCCACCAGAAACAAGGUCUUAUAUGUUAAUAAGACGAUACCCAGCUCAUCUAAUGGAGCAAAGGGGUUUUCAGACAAUACCUCUAGUACCAUAGGUAAAUUCCAUGGAGGAGUGUAGUUCCUAUUUGGAGGUCUUAUACGGAUGGUUGCUUUAAAGAAUCUAGCAAUUAGAGAAUCCGAAGCCCAAGACUUGUUGCAGAGAGCAGAUAAAGCCGAUGAUUGGACUUUUAGAGUACUAAGACUCAGCCCUUUCUCCAGACCUGUAUGAAGAAAAUGUAGAAUGUUGAUGUUAGAUGGCUGAAGAAAAUCCACAUUAUUAUCUUGAGACCAGGAACGAAAAACUUCCCAAAUCUUAUGAUAGCAGGAAGAAGUUGAUACUUUUCUAGAUUUAAGGAGAUUAGUUACCACAGCUUCUGAGAUCCCUUGAGCUAGUAGUCUCUCCUUUUCAAGAGCCAUGCCCCCAAUUUCAGCUGGCUGGGGUUGGGAUGAACAGCUGGUCCCUGGAUUAAGAUGUUUGGUCUGAGAGGAAGAGGCCAAGGUGGUUCCAGGCUCAUCUUGUUCAGCAGAGGAAACCAAGGUCUGCGAGGCCAGAUUGGGAUGAUGGCAAUGACUUUGAGACCUUCCUUCCAUAUUUUUCUCAGCAGUCGGUAAAUCAUUGGUAGGGGAGGGAACGCGUACUCCAGAUCGAAUUCCCAUGGAAGAGACAGGGCAUCCUGUCCUUCUGCUCGAUGAUCCGCAUGUAGGGAGUAAAACCUCUUCACCUGAGUGUUGUUGUAUGAAGCCAUCAGGUCGAUCUGGGGUACUCCCCACCGCAGGGUGAUCAAGUGAAAUAAUUCUGGGUGCAGUUUCCAUUCUCCUUGGAGAAUCCUUGUUCUGCUGAGAUAAUCCGCCAAUAAAUUCUCUGGUCCCAGAAGAUAAACCGCUUUUAAUCCUUGUAAAUGCAGUUGCGCAAACCUCAUUAUUGGGGACAAUUCCAUCAGUAGAGAAUAACUUCGAGUGCCUCCAUGAUGAUUUAUGUAGGAAGCCACUGCUCUGUUGUCUGUAUGUAUCCUCACCCAAGCAUCCCUCAAUAGAGGACGGAACCCUAUUAAUGCCUUGAGGACCGCUCUCAUUUCUCUCAAAUUCGAAUGAAGUUUUGACUCCUUCCAUGACCAAGUUCCUUGAAUCCAAGAGUUGUUCAGGUGUGCUCCCCAUCCCAGGAGGCUGGCAUCUGUUGUUAUAGUCAUCCAAAUCGGCUCUUCCAGGGGAAAACCACAAAGGAGGUGUUUUUCUUUUGUCCACCAAUACAGCUCUUUCGAAAUUCUCGGGAGUAAACGAAUCUUCUGAUCCCAAUUCCCGGAUUUUGCUUUGAACUCUAAGAGAAAAUGCCUCUGAAUGGGUUGCAUCCUCCACUGGGCCCAUCUCACUAGGCCUAUCGUGGAAGUAAGAGACCCUAACAGGCUCAUGAAAUCUCUUGCUGUGAUGUAGGAUUUUUGACGCAGACUUCUGAUCUUCUUCACUAUUCGUUCUUUUCUGUCUGUAGACAGUGAUACCAGGCCAUUCACCGAGUCUAUAUUUGCUCCUAGGAAAAUCAUCCUCUGAGAAGGCACCAAAGAACUCUUUUUGGGGUUUAUCAGCCAACCAUGAUCUUGAAGGCAUUUGAUGGUUAUUGACGUGUGGACAUUUGCUAUCUGACUGGAAGGACCUAAGAUCAGAAAAUCGUCCAGAUAAUGAAAAGCUCGAUGUUCUUUGUCCUUAUAAAGGCCACCAGAGAAACUAGAAUUUUCGUGAACGUUCUGGGCGUCAGACUUAAGCCGAAGGGAAGUCCCUUGAACUGAUAGUGAUUCCCCGAAAUCCAAAACCUCAGAAACCGGCGAUGACUGACGUGAAUAGGUAUCUGAUAGUAGGUGUGGCGAAACCGGCCUCGCCACGUGUCCUUGGAGGGGGCUGCUUGCCUGCCUCUUGCCUUUGGACUAUGGACCAGACUUUAUAUGAAUGUGUUAACCCAGAUAGCUAUGCCAUGGAGCCCAUUCGUGUAGUUAAAGACUUCGGCUCCAUGGCAAUUGAAGUGUGUGAAUAGGAUCUGAGCGCUAUUUGGUAGUUUUGUGCGCUCAGAUCCCAGCUAUCUGGGGAUAUGUGAAAUGUCUGUGUUUUAUGUAUAAAAGGUGACUUUAUGUAUUUUAAAGUGUUUUGUGUCUUUUUGCAACCAUGUGCUUAAUGGAGUCUUGUGUCUGUCCUGGGAGAUAAUUGAAUUACUCUCCAGGAUAGAAGACUCUGAAACUGGUUUGGGCCGGAAAGCCAUGCUUCAUUUAGUCACAAAGGACUUUCCCUUAACUUUUGAACCCCUGGUCUGAUUCGUGCCAUUUUUUAAUAUGUUGUUCCCCUGAAUGGAUUGAUUAUGAAAAUGUAUGUUUUAUGUUUGUGACAUUUAUAUUUUAGGAGUUAUAAAUAUUGUGUAAAAACUGUAUUCCUCUGCCGGUGAUAAUGAGAUUACCCAUUGUGUUCAGUAAUCAUAUCACCUGCAGAGGGGAGGAUUUUGUGUGGGAGUGUCUGCGUGUAUUGUAUGGAUUGAUUGGCUGUUUUGUAACGCCCUGUGGGCUGUACUAUGUUUGUGGAUUGGGAAUAAAAGAGACUGUAUGUGACAGUACAGAGAGUUCCUGUUUUAACCCUCAAAGUGAAGUGUCGUCUCAUUAUUGGGGGAAGGAUUUAUUGUAUGCUGUUCCAGUUUGACUGCUAGGAGAGUAAACCUAUUCGUAUGGUUCCUAUUCAACUGUCUACAGCAUUCAUAUGCUUGAGAGGAUUCAUAUGCUUCUCCGGUUCGGUGGUUGUGGUGUCUGCUGCAGGGCUUGGAGUCCUCAGGAAGCGCUAGGAGCAUCCUUUAACGGAGGUACCCAGUCGGGGUGCCAGGCGAUCCGUUACAGUAGGCGUCCUUGAGAUCGAUAGAAGUCAUCCAGGUCCCUGUCUUUAUAUUGGGCAGAAUUGUGGUAAUGGACUCCAUUUUGAACGUUCUUGGAACCAAAUAUGUAUUCAGAACUUUUAGGUCCAAAAUUAGACGCCAUUUCCCCUGAGGUUUUGGGGCCAAAAAUAUCGUAGAGAAGUGGCCUCUGUAAUGUUCUCUGUAAGGGACUUUCUCUAUGACCUGAUUUCGUAGAAGUUGAGAAAUAAUGUCAAUCAGAGCAACUUCUUUUCUUCCUCUUGCCACUCUUGAACGGAUAAAGGAGGUUUGAGAAGGGAAUUCUUUGAAUUCUAUUUUGUAUCCUUCCCUGAGGAUAGAAAGAACCCAAGAAUCUUGAAUACUUUUGGCCCAAACCGGAUAAAAGAAGCGAAGUCUGCCUCCUAUAACAUCUGGCUGGGCCAGCAAACGUUCAGAAGUUUUUAUUAGCUGGUCUAGAUCCUCUUCCUCUAACUGGUUUUGAUGAAGAGGACUGACAGCUUCUCCAAUUAGAAUUCCUGGAGUAUUCUCUUCCGGGUCUAUAUGCCCUGACAUCUCGAAAGGAUCGGUCUCUGAACUUUUUAUCCUUCCAGUAGGAAGCACUAAAUCUUCUCUUCCCUUGGGGGAGAAAAGCUUUUCUCCCAUCUGCUGCUUUAUGGAUCGCAUCUUCCAGGACUUUACCAAAUAGAAGGUCCACUUGAAAAGGAAGCGCACAUAGAGAGGCCUUAGGGGCGUAAUCUGCACCCCAAGAGUGAAGCCAUAAUGCUCUCCUUGAAGCAACUGAGAGCGCCAUACUUUUAGCUACCAUUUUAGUAAUAUCCAGGGAAGCUUCAGAACAGAAUUCUGUGGCCAGUUUUAAAUCUUUAAGGCCCUCCAUCAGGUGUUCUCUACGGACUCCACUAGCAAUAUCCUCUUCUAGAUUAUCAACCCAUAUUUUAAGAGCUCUGGACAAGGUGGUAAGAGCAAUGGCUGGAUGUAAUGCCGAUCGCAGGGCCAGGUAUGCCUUAAUCAGGUCAGCGUCCAAUCGCUUUUCCAUUGGCUCCCUUAAAUAUGCCAUUGAAUCUAUGGGAAGAGUUGUUCUUUUCGCCAUGUGAAUGACUGCUGCAUCAAUUUUCGGAACCGAAAUCCAUGAUUUGCAGUCCUCAGGAGCAUACGGGUAUAAUCUGGGGACUUUGCUCUUUAAAGUCACCUUCCUCUCAGGUCUAUUCCAUUCUGCACCUAUUACCUCUUUGAUGGCCGAAUGAACUGGAAAGGUGGGUCUGUUAGGCUUCAGAUCUUCAAAAUAUCUGUCAGACUCCUUCUUCUCCCUGCUUUCUUCAGGAAUUCUUAACGUGUCUCUGAUAAGAUAAACCAACUUAUCCACAGACCUGGAAUCCAGAGAUUUUGAGUCACACUCAUCCUCUUCUUCCUCUGAAUAAUCUUCUAUUAUAUCAGAUUCCUCUUCUGAUUCCACAUAGCUUUCCACUCUGGGACGCUUGGGGAAAGCCAUCUUACUAGAGGAUUUAAACCCUUCAGCAAUUGCUUCUGAAAUCCAUUUCUUUAAGUCAGCCUGUGGGGAACUUUUCUUAUCCCAGUCCUUCGCUGUUUCCGUCAGGCAAUAUCUGCACAAAUUAUUUCCCGGAGGAGCCACUUGGUUGCAGUUUGCACAUCUGUUGGAUUUUUCUCUAUAUUUUCUGGGAGAAUUCUCUUGAGAUUUUUCUGGGCUGAAAAUAGAGGCCAAUAUGCAUAAUAUUAUAGGCCUGUAAUGGCACUCUUUUCCCCCCUUAAAUCAAUAAGAACAUAUGCGGCUCACCUAUGUCUUCUAGAGCGAGAUCUUGAGGCAGAGGGAGAAGCCAUCUAAAAUAAUAAUAUGCUUAUUGUAGAAGAAAAAUUUUAAGCAGCAAAAAAAAAAAAAUAAUACAUAAAAAAAUACCAAUAAAAUAGGAUUUUUACCUUUUAACCAGAUUCUGAAAGAAAAAGGCAGCUUUCCUUAUCAUCAGAAGAUCAGAGAAGAAGCCAGGAUCAAUUCCGAGUGAUUUUUUAAAAUUUUCAUUUUGGGCGAUAUCCCUUUAAGCGCGCAAAUAUUCCGCGCAUGCGCAGAACACCCGCCGGACGCCGUUGGUACUGCGCAUGCGCCGGAAAGCCGAACACAGAAGAGACAGACCGGAGGAAAGCCCCUGCACCAGGCUGACACAGAGAGGAAUAAGAAGAAGACUGAUGCAGGUAAGUAACAGCCACCAGCCAGAUUUUAGCUACCAUUUUAGAGGAAGCACUAUAAUCUGCAUCCCAAAUAAAAUAGAAAGAAACAGAAAGAACUUACCCUAGCUUCUCCCAAGUACUGACCUCAGAUCAGGGGGGUUAGAUGCCAUAAGGGGAAUUUUUAAGGCAACAGCCGACCCCACAUCAAUAUGGAUUGAAACUUUUCUUCCAUAAUAGUACAGAUGCUAAUCUGUACUAAACUCAGUUAGUCCUGCCCGUGCAGGCUGUUUACUGAGUUCUUCAGAUGAAGAGAGGCUGAACUUCAUCUGGAGGCCCAUGGUACACAUGGGCAGGUGGCCCAAAAUAAAAUAUCCUGUGUGUCCUGAAAGGACAGGAAAAAAAGACUGUGGGAUAGAAGGAGGAGGGACCUUUUAUACCCAGUCUGGUCCGUAUUUAAUUGAUUUUAUCCUGUCCUGUUCCUGAUUAGGGCGGAGCUACCCAUAAGUGAUGCUGCCAUGAUUAGCCAGGAAACUUACUUUUGUCCUAGAAAAGAAAGGAAUCUGGAAAAGGUGAAGAACCGACAGUUCCGUCAAAGCUCUAUGGUACAAGAAUACUUCUUCUGUAGGGAAUAAUCAGCCUUGUAAGAAAAAAUGUGGUUUGGUGCUUUAAAAAGGCGUCUGAUGUCACCGCGCAUGUGCAAAGAACCGAAAAACCGCGCGAACGGCUUCAAAUGAUUUAAUUUACACGAACGGUUUUAGCGCGCGAACGCCGCGCAGGCGUCCUGAAACUCCCGAACACCGCGCAUGCACCCUGGAAACUCACAAACGUCGCGCAGGUGCCCUGGAAACUCACAAACGCCGCGCAGGCACCCUGGAAACUCAUGAACGCUGCGCAGGCGCACUGGAACACAAGAACGCUGUGUGGGCACCCUGAAGACUCUGCAGGCGGCCAGAAAGAUGGGAAAAGCAAACAACUUACCGGCUAAAUGUUCCUGGCGGUAAGUUUGAAUCCACAUCAGCCUCAUACAUUAUUUCUGGUGGGAAGAUUCCAAUCAUAUAACCAGUUCACUAGUAAUGUAAUUGGUCCUUUACUUGCUACUCCUGAGGUCAUUGCAAGGUAGUGGAAAGGAAAAACCCCCGGUCACUAAAGGGGUUUUCUCCAGGGGGACACCUUUACGCAGGGCCGUAUACUGGAGACUUCCCAGGGGAGAGAGGGUGAACUCCCCAGGGGCUGGAGGAACUAAUGCUCAGGUAAGCCAUAAAAGAAAAUGUUAUGGUCCUAAAGACCAACAUGUCCUAGGGAUAGGACAGGAAAAAAAGGCUGGCGGAAGGAGGGGUCGGAGGUGGUACUUAUACGGCUUAAUUAUUAUUCCUGUCCAAUGGGGAUAGGGAGGAGCUACCCAAUGUUGUGCUACCAUGGAUAUGGCCAGGAAAUAUAAUUAUAAAAUAUUUAAAUUAAUUAAAUAAAUGGAACCUCUGAGGGUUAAAAAAUAAAUAAAAGUUAAUCCUCAAGGGUUAAAAGAAAUUAGAUUACAGUAUAAUACUAUUAUCUGUAUUUUGAUCACUGUAGGCAGUGAUCAGCUGGCAGGGAAGGGGUUAAUUUCUAUUUAGACUGGGUAAAGGGGGAUGGUAUUUUUUUUUUUUUUUACUUAAACGUUUGUAAAACUUUUUUUUUACCUUUUUAAAGCUUAUUUUAAAACUUUUAACUGGCCCUCUGUUUAAAAAGUAUGAGGACCCCUGCACUAGAGAUUGGAUUAACCCUGUAAUGUAAACAUAGUAGUUUCUCUGAAACAGCUAUGUUUACAUCUGAAGGGUUAAAACCUGGGGGACCUGGCACCCAGACCACUGCAUUGAGCUGAAGUGGUCUGGGUGACUAUAGUGGUUCUUUAAAGGACCACUAUAGUGCCAUGAAAACAUACUUGUUUUCCUGGCACUAUAGUGCCCUGAGGGUGCCCCCACCCUCAGGGUCCCACUUCCGCCCAGCUCUGGAAGGGGGUAAAAAUGUACCUUUUUCCAGCGCUGAGCAGGGAGCUCUCCUCCUCCCCGUCAGCUGACGCAUCAGAAGCUGUGCGUGCACAUUCAGCCGGUCGCAUAGAAAAGCAUUAUCAAUGCUUUCCUAUGGACGCUUGCGUGCGCUCACUGUGAUUUUCAAUGAGACAGCCGCUAGAGGUUUUGGGAGAAGGCUUAACCCAUUCAUAAACAUAGCAGUUUCUCUGAAACUGCUAUGUUUAUAAAAGAAUGGGUUAAUCCUAGAGGUACCUGGCACCCAGACCACUUCAUUGAGCUGAAGUGGCCUGGGUGCCUAGAGUGGUCCUUUAAGUUGCAAACAUUGUUAUUAGUAAGUCACCUAUUUUUCAUUACAACCCCUCCCCCCCCAAUUAAAGUGUUGUCUAUUUGAAACUGUGGAAGGGAUGAGAUGUGCUUCCUACCACUUUGUACCAUGUCUAGCUGGUUAUGGCAUGGGAACCGCACACUCAUGAAGACAUUCUCCCACAUGAAUAUUAAUUAGACCCUAUUGUGAGUCCAUGGAGGUCAGUGUAUGAUCAGGUCCAUCCAAUGACAUUAAUUUCCCGUAGAAUAGCGCUGAUGGCGACAAUCCCACAUUACAUAUCUCCCGUGUGCGGCCCUGGUGGUGCUGUCAGUAUGGUCACUAGGCAGCACUCUCCCGCCCACCUCCAGCCCGACCGCGCCUUCCACAAGGAGCGCGCCGAAUAGAACUAGAACCUUCCGCGGCGGGAGCGCGCACCAGCACGCACACACGCACGCACUCCAUAGACACAGGGGGCGGGGCACACGAAGACCCCUUCCCUCUCGUGACGCACGCUCUGUAGUAUGGGCGGGGCUAAGCGCGCAGCCGCUCUGCUUACUAUCUCUGGCGCCUUUGUCCUUCCGCCAUUUUGAGCAAUCAAGUCGCUGAUUGGGCUUGGAGCUCCGGUUCUGGAACCAAUCAGAGCGGAGAGAAGAACCGAGACCGGGAGAGGAGGUAAGAGGGACCGGUGGGGAGAGCCAAUAACACCGCGGGGAGGGAGAAACAUGACCUGAGCCAUGCAGCCAAUAACACCAAUGGAUCGGCCAAUAACACAGACAGCCAAUCCGAGGGCGAUACCGCCAAUAACACACUGCGAGCACCGGCCACCGCCAAUAACACACUGCGAGCACCGGCCACGGACACACACACUGCCGGGGCACAGCGCGGGCGGCACCGGGAACAUACACUGUGACACAAUACCGGAGUACAGCACCGGGCACACACUGCACCAAUAUACAGUGUAUACACAGCUCCAAUCAAUCAGCACCUAUAGUACUGUGUAUAUACACUGCAUCCAUCCAUAUACUGUAUGUACACUGCAUAUUAUACUGCAUCCAUAUACUGUAUGUACACUGCAUAUUAUACUGCAUCCAUAUACUGUAUGUAUACUGCAUAUUAUACUGCAUCCAUAUACUGUAUGUAUACUGCAUAUUAUACUGCAUCCAUAUACUGUAUGUACACUGCAUAUUAUACUGCAUCCGUAUACUGUAUGUACACUGCAUAUUAUACUGCAUCCAUAUACUGUAUGUACACUGCAUAUUAUACUGCAUCCAUAUACUGUAUGUACACUGCAUAUUACACUGCAUCCAUAUACUGUAUAUACACUGCAUCCAUAUACUGUAUAUACACUGCGUCCAUAUACUGUGUAUAUACACUCCGUCCAUAUACUGUGUAUAUACACUCCGUCCAUAUACUGUGUAUAUACACUCCGUCCAUAUACUGUGUAUAUACACGCCGUCCAUAUACUGUGUAUAUACACGCCGUCCAUAUACUGUGUAUAUACACUGCAUAUUAUACUGCAUCCAUGUACUGUAUAUACACUGCAUCCAUAUACUGAAUAUACACUGCAUCCGUAUACUGAAUAUACACUGCAUCCGUAUACUGUAUGUACACUGCAUAUUAUACUGCAUCCGUAUACUGUAUGUACACUGCAUAUUAUACUGCAUCCAUAUACUGUAUGUACACUGCAUAUUAUACUGCAUCCAUAUACUGUAUGUACACUGCAUAUUAUACUGCAUCCAUGUACUGUGUAUAUACACUGUAUCCAUGUACUGUAUAUACACUGCAUAUUACACUGCAUCCAUAUACUGUAUAUACACUGCAUCCAUAUACUGUAUAUACACUGCAUCCAUAUACUGUAUAUACACUGCAUCCAUGUACUGUAUAUACACUGCAUCCAUGUACUGUAUAUACACUGCGUCCAUGUACUGUAUAUACACUGCGUCCAUGUACUGUGUAUAUACACGCCGUCCAUGUACUGUGUAUAUACACGCCGUCCAUGUACUGUGUAUAUACACGCCGUCCAUGUACUGUGUAUAUACACGCCGUCCAUAUACUGUGUAUAUACACGCCGUCCAUGUACUGUGUAUAUACACGCCGUCCAUAUACUGUGUAUAUACACGCCGUCCAUAUACUGUGUAUAUACACGCCGUCCAUAUACUGUGUAUAUACACGCCGUCCAUAUACUGUGUAUAUACACGCCGUCCAUAUACUGUGUAUAUACACUGCAUAUUAUACUGCAUCCAUGUACUGUAUAUACACUGCAUCCAUGUACUGUAUAUACACUGCAUCCAUGUACUGUAUAUACACUGCAUCCAUAUACUGUAUAUACACUGCAUCCAUAUACUGAAUAUACACUGCAUCCGUAUACUGAAUGUACACUGCAUCCGUAUACUGUAUGUACACUGCAUAUUAUACUGCAUCCAUAUACUGUAUGUACACUGCAUAUUAUACUGCAUCCAUAUACUGUAUGUACACUGCAUAUUAUACUGCAUCCAUAUACUGUAUGUACACUGCAUAUUAUACUGCAUCCAUGUACUGUGUAUAUACACUGUAUCCAUGUACUGUAUAUACACUGCAUAUUACACUGCAUCCAUAUACUGUAUAUACACUGCAUCCAUAUACUGUAUAUACACUGCAUCCAUAUACUGUAUAUACACUGCAUCCAUGUACUGUAUAUACACUGCAUCCAUGUACUGUAUAUACACUGCGUCCAUGUACUGUAUAUACACUGCGUCCAUGUACUGUGUAUAUACACGCCGUCCAUGUACUGUGUAUAUACACGCCGUCCAUGUACUGUGUAUAUACACGCCGUCCAUGUACUGUGUAUAUACACGCCGUCCAUAUACUGUGUAUAUACACGCCGUCCAUAUACUGUGUAUAUACACGCCGUCCAUAUACUGUGUAUAUACACGCCGUCCAUAUACUGUGUAUAUACACGCCGUCCAUAUACUGUGUAUAUACACGCCGUCCAUAUACUGUGUAUAUACACGCCGUCCAUAUACUGUGUAUAUACACUGCAUAUUAUACUGCAUCCACACUGCAUCCGUAUACUGUAUGUACACUGCAUCCGUAUACUGUAUGUACACUGCAUAUUAUACUGUAUAUACACGCAUCCGUAUACUGUAUGUACACGCCAUCCGUAUACUGUAUGUACACUGUAUAUACACUGCAUAUUAUACUGUGUAUAUACACUCCAUCCAUGUACUGUAUGUACACUGCAUCCAUGUACUGUAUGUACACUGCAUAUUAUACUCCAUCCAUGUACUGUAUGUACACUGCAUAUUAUACUGUAUAUACACUGCAUCCAUAUACUGUAUGUACACUGCCUAUUAUACUGUAUAUACACUGCAUCCAUAUACUGUAUGUACACUGCCUAUUAUACUGUAUGUACAAUGCAUAUUAUACUGCAUCCAUGUACUGUAUGUACACUGCAUAUUAUACUGUAUAUACACUCCAUCCAUAUACUGUAUAUACACUGCAUGUUAUACUGUAUAUACAUUGCAUAUUAUACUGCAUCCAUGUACUGUAUGUACACUGCAUAUUAUACUGUAUAUACACUGCAUUCAUAGUACUGUAUAAACACUGACCAUUAUACUGCAUCCAUUGUCCUGUAUAUACCCCAUUGUACAGCGCUAUGGAAUUUGCUGCUGCUAUAUAAAUAAUAUAACACUGCAUCAGUAGUACUAUUUAUACACUGCCCAUUACACUGCAUUCAUAUGCUGUAUAUACACUGUGCCUAAAAUACCGCAACCAUUGUGCUGUGUAAAUAUAAUGCCCAGUGUGCUGUACCCAUUUUACUGUUUAUAUACCGUGCCCACCAUAUUACUUCUACAGUUAUGUUUAUACUUGGUGCCACCAAUAAUACUGUGCCUAGUAUUGUGUAUACACCAUGUCCAGCAUACAGCGCCCAUUGUCCUGUAUACAUGCUGUGUCAAGCAUACUACCUCUAAUAUACUGUGUGUAGACUGUGCCCAGGGUACAACACUCCUUGAACCGUGUAUGUGUUGUGUCCACGAUUAGGCAUCGUCAAUGCCUAUAGUGCUGUACGUCCCCUGCAUUAGCAUUCAAUAAAACUUGUACCCAUUGUAAUAUCCGGGUUAUUCGCGAAAUGCUCAUUUUUUUUGUGAAUUAAACCUGACUGGAAAAUUUGAGGCUAAAAUAGCUGUUAGGGAAAAAAAAAAAAAACAUUAGUCAAUAGUUGACAAAGCCAUGUAAGCCUUUAUUUUUACCAUGUGGGUUUUCAUUGUGCGCUGGCUUCAGCAUUCUUUGUAACUAUAGUAUGGUAUAUACACCCUGCCCGGCAUGUAGCAUGCAUAUAGGCCUGGACACACACACACGUUGCACCCAAAGAAACUUAAUUUACCUAGCACACUUAUACUUUGUAUACAUUGAACUCAGAAAAAAAAAAAAAAACUGACCCCUAUUACUGUAAAUAGAACUUACUCAACACACUGCACCCAUAAUGCAUUGCAUGCACCCAGCAUAUAGUAUGCACUGCACCUAUAUUGCUGUUAACAUUGUGUCAGCAUACAGCACAAAUUGGGACACUCACUACAUGUAAAAUACAUCUGUUGUAGCGUGGUGGUUAUGUUAAUUUCUAGGGGGUUGUCUGCGUUUAAUGUAAUGUGCAAUACAAUAACAAGUCUGUCAAAUAUCCCUUUACCAUAUUUUACUCUUUUGUGGACAAAUUUGGUUAUGAAUAUAUAAACAUAGGGGAGUUGCCAAUGGCUACGGCACAUGAAGUGUUCUUUUAAUUGCACUAAUACUGUAUAUUGAUUUUUAAAAGGACAUAUACCCCUUAUAACCUUUUAUGUGUGACUUUUUUUUUUAAAAUAGUUUUGCUUAUAGAAAUUUGUAAACCUAAAGAAAUAACACAACAUAAAUCCUGGAUGAUCCCUUAUUCUGGUGUGGGUUAAAAGGAGUUUGAUUUGUACAAACUGUGCAACUCACAUUUUUGCAGAAGUCUAGAAAAUUAUUGACAUUCAUAGUUUCCGUUUUCAAACUACACUCUUUCAUUUACUAAGCCCAUGUCUGUUUUGGGACAAAUUUGACCAUUUAAUAUGGAGCAUUUUGUUUCUUAUCAUCUAGCCUUUCUAUCAGUGUCUGUCUAAUUUAGCAGUAAAUUACAUUUUUUUUUUUUUAUAUAUAUUUCUUGUCACAUGAAAUUUGAUGGUGAAUUUUACUGGGGCUUUUGUGUUGUACAAUUUCAAAGUCCCUAGUGUUGUAUUUUGCUACAUCUCCCAAGUACAGCAAUACCCACGUUUAUACCUUUUACUAGAUUUUUCUGAAACUUAAAAUAUCAGAAUAAAGACAUGCCUUUAUUUUGACUUGUGUGUUUUCUUCCUUUCCAGAAACACUAUUUGGUAAAGUGACACUGUGUUGCCAUUACUCAAUAGAUUCACACUUUGAUGGUAUUUGUAACCCUAACUAACUCUUACCCUGUCCAUUAUAUGAUAAAGGGAAAACAAUAGUGGAAGGAAAACAAAGGUCUUUUCCUAGCACUACAGUGUUAAAGGGAAACUGUAGUGCUAGGAAAGAUGCCUAACCCUCCGGAAGUUAGGAACACUAUAGUCCAGGGGAUCCGAAAUUAAGUUUUACAUGGAACCUUUUGUCAAAGUGUGUGUAUCUGUGUUUAUAUGUGUCGUGUGUUUUGUAUGUGCCAGUGCGCGUACCUCUGUAUCUAUUUGGGUAUUUGUGUGUGUAUGUGUAUAUGUAUCAGAUGCAAACAGAAACAGAUACACAGUGAGAUAUAUACACACUUGCACCCACAGAGACACACACACGCACACACUGUCAUAUACACACACAGGCACACACUGACACCCUCAGACACACAUACACUCUCACUGACAAGAACACAUACACGCUCACUGACAAGAACACAUACACGCUCACUGACCAGAACACACACAUUCUCACUGGGUCCAGUGGGGCUGCUGUGUGGGCAGCGAGGGAGCAGUGAUGUCACUGCACAGCUCCCUUGCAUGCCUCUUAGUGAUACCGCAGUGACGUCAUAUUCUGGAUCCUGCAUCACUGAUGUGCGUGUGAGGGAGCUGAGCAGGGAGAUCACUGCUCCUUGGCCAUUUUAUUUUUAGAAAUGUUGGAAGCAGUUUUUGUGUGUAGAUCAUACCUCUCAGGUUUUGGUGCUCAAUUCACUGCCAUUAAGAAGUUUUUUUUAAAUCACUUUGUUUGUUUGUGCAGCCCUUGUCACACCUCCCCUGGCUCUGACUGACACACAAAAACUGGUUUCAUUUUCAAUCAGAUGUGUUUUACCUUAAACAAUUGUAUCUCUUUCUCUGUAAAUGUAACUUUUAUCACAUUCAGGAGGCUCUUGCAGAGCCUUGCAGGCUAUUAACAUAGCAGGGGAUAAGAAAAUCUAAAUUAAACAGAACUUGCAAUAAAGGAAGGAUAAACUGUAGAUGACUUUACAGGAAGUGUUUAGGCAGGCUGUGCAAGUCACAUGCAGGGAGGUGUGACAAGGGUUCAUAAACAAAGUUAUUUAACUCCUAAAUGGCAGAGAAUUGAGCAGUGAGACUGAAGGGGCAUAAUCUAUACAUCUAAACUGCUUCAUUAAGCUAAAGUUGUUUUGGUAAAUAUAGUGUCUCUUUAACCCUGCAAGGUAAUUAUUGCAGUUUAUCAACAACUGCAAUAUUUACAAUUGCAGGGUUAAGGGGAGUGGGACAGUGCACAAAACCACUUAAAUGAGCUGAAGUAGUCUGCGUGCCUAUAGUGUCCCUUUAGGUAGCCUGGACCUCAAGCUCAUUCAUCACUGUCAGUCAAUGACAGUGAUCAUGUUGUCUUGGCAGCUUGGAUUGACAGCUAGGGUGAUUACUGUGAUUGGCUCCCAGGGUGUUUAAUCAGUCUUGGAGCCAAUCAGUGACUCUUGAUGGUCUACGUCACUGCUGAGGUAGCUGGCAAUAGUUUAUGGACAACUGAUUCUGCCCUGCUUACUGAGCAUUAUCUGUCAAGCUAUAGAGUAAUCUGCAUAGUGAUCGCAAGGAGCACGUUACCCAGGAUCACUUUCCACCUCCAUAUGUUUUUUUUUUUUUGUAUGAUGCAGCACUACUGAAAGAAUACUCUGUAUUUUCCAAUUCUGAUUAAACUACAUAGAAAAAAAGGAACUUGGGGUGCACCAAGAACAUGCAUUUCGCUGCCGUAAAGAUCAACAUUUAUACAAAAUGCAGAUUAAUCAACAGCACAAUUUUACAAGGCUACUUAAAAUCACCUAUCUCAGCAAACAAAUAUAGGGAUUCAGUUCCACCAGAUGGGCCAUAUCGUAUUAAGCCCACCACUAUGCCACAGUACCUCAAUAUCAUAAGGGGGUCUUACACUAAUUUUAACUUGGAAGACAAAUUCUUAUUGCCAGACACCAGGGAAUUUUAGUGCCUUUAAUCCUGCUAGAAUGAAGUUGCAGGACUGCUGUUGAAGCCAGGGCAAGGAGUAUGUGGUCUGCCCCGACAGCGGGUGAAGACCACAGUAAAUAAAAAAAUUAAUUAAAAAAAGCACACUAAUUACAACAUCCAGCACACAGUACGCACAUUAUGGGAGGCAGAGGAUGAGAAAUUCAGGGUUAUGUUGUCCCUGUCCAUGGCUCUAGACAGGGUCCCCAAUAGCUUUAUAAAGAAUACAUACCUUCUGUGUAUGAUUAAAACGUCUGACGUAAGUUCAAGAUCUGAUUGAAAAUGAAACCAUUUUUUACAGAAGGCUGUGUCAGUCACAGCCAGGGUAGGUGUGAAAAGGGCUGCAUAAACAGAAACAAAAGUGAUUUAAUUUCUAAAGCAUUUUCACUUACAGCAAAGGAAAGGUUUCUUUACAGUAAGAAUAAUAAAGAUGUGGAAUUCUCUCCCUAAAGAGGUUGUGAAAUCAGAUUCUAUAUGUAAUGUAAAAAAUGCUUGAAUUUUUUUGCAUAAACAGCGUAUGCAAGUAUAUAAUUGGUUUAUAUGUAAAACAGGUUAUCGAUCGAAGGAGAAAUCUGAUAUCCACUAUGGAGUCAUGAAUAUCCCCCCUGGCAUUCUUGGAAAUGGCUACAAUUUAGCAAAAGCAUAAAAGAAUGUGCACAGUGGUUAAACUAGAUGGACUUUAGUCAUUUUUGAAUAUAGAUAACUAUGUAACUAAAUGGCAGAGAAUUGAGCAGUUACACUGCAGGGACAUGAUGUAUACAGCUAAACGGCUUCAUUGAAUUAAAGUUGUUUUGGUGCUUAGAGUAUCACUUUAACCUAGGCCUCUGGUUUCCAUUUUGUAGAUUACAAUUUGGUGACAAGAAUACAGAACAGGAUUAACCAUAAUGUGACCUUCGGAGGCUGCAUAGUGACCUAAGGCUUUCCUGUACUAGAAUUCGAUACUACCGCAUUAGUAAACCUUUUAAACAGUGAAUCGUUAAUUGAAAAAUGAAUCGAACUGUCUUAAGAUUUUUGUAGGCUAUCUAUCCACACAAAUACAAUGGUGCACUGUACAUUGCUAAUAUACUGUGUCAUCACAGGUACAGUCCAGCUAUCUCACUUUUAUUGUGAUCAAGAAAGAUGGAGCAGUACACAACAAGCAGCAAUGGUUCUCCAGAGCAGAUUGUGGUGCAGGCCGGACAGAUUCAGCAGCAGGUGAGCGCGGGUUUCAGGGCAAGGGGAUAUGCUAAACAGGGUUGGAAUGUUGUAUGCCAGUCUUUCAUAUCCUAAAUAAUACAACCCAAUUCUUAUCCCUUCUUGUAUUUCACUUUAUUUCCUUGAACCCGUUUAUUAUUCAUCCUCUUCCUAAGGAUUUCCAUAACAUUUUUUUUUUAUUUUUUUUUGUAUUUAUUCUUACACUUUCAAAAUAAUUCUCUCUGUCAGUGUAAAGUCAUUUGACUCUCUCUCUUAUAGUCAGGCUGUCUCUUCUUGUUCCUUUCCCCUUAGCCGGGUGCGGUCACUGCUGUCCAGUUACAGACAGAGGCUCAGGUGGGAGCAGCCUCAGGACAGCAAGUUCAGACCCUCCAGGUAGUUGUGCCCUUGACAGCUGCAUGAGUUGCAAUAAAGAAACACUCAAUGCAGUCUCUGAUUGCUACCCCAUCAUUUAUUGGAAAUACAUCCCUGUGCAGUUUAUAUGUCUAAGUGCUAUUCAUUCUUUGAAUGAGCUUGCCAGUAAUGCUUGCAUUGUGCAUGUUGUGUUGUGUUAUGUUAUUCAUAAAGUAUCCAGAGUACAUCCUCUUACCUGACACUUGCAUGAAUUUCUCAUAUUUGCUUUCCUUGUUUAUUUGCUUUAUGCUGCAUACACUUUUGCUGUUUUCUUGCUGUGCCUGUACAACAAAGGUGCAGGAAAAAAUAAUAUGUCUAUGGCCUUCUCUGCCUUUGUGAUAACCAUUUAUUGUUUUCUCCUAAACAGGUACAAGGGCAGCCACUCAUGGUCCAAGUCAGUGGAGGACAACUUAUCACUUCCACUGGACAGCCGAUAAUGGUGCAGGCCAUGGGAGGCCAGGGACAAACCCUGAUGCAGGUGCCAGUAUCAGGGUCUCAAGGGCUGCAACAGGUAAAAAUCUACCAUACCUAUUACUAUUGCUAGUAUUGGCAAUUUAUUCUCUAGUGCCUGCAACACCAUUUAUAGUAAAAAAGUGCUCUUUGAUGGUUAUGAAGGAUAGUUUCCCGGUACUUUCUUAACCUGCUAUAAUUAUGUUGUCUACUGCUAAUUUCAGUUGUUUCUUACAGAUUCAGCUAGUACAACCAGGACAGAUACAGAUCCAGGGAGGUCAAGCGCUUCAGGUACAAACCCAGCAAGGUCAGCCACAGCAAAUAAUCAUUCAACAGCCACAGACAGCAGUAACUGCUGGACAAAGCCAGGUAAGGCACAACCAAGGCGCGUUAAAUUAAUUUGUUAGAAAGCAGAAGUAAUUUUGUGUUUAAUAACAGAAAGGUCUAGACCCCUCACCAGCUUUGAACACCUGUGCGUACACCGAACACACGUUCACAGAGGUAUCUCCUCUAUACAGACCAUACUCAAGACCCAAACUAGUGAGGAUGUGGUGCUCAAAUUUAAGGAUCAUUGGGAGAGAGACUCGGGGGAAGUCCUUACCGCGCAAGAUUGGGACAAGAUCUACACCCUCACACACAAAUGCUCCAUCAGCUCUAAGUAUCAGGAGCUGAACUACAACAUUUUAACCCGCUGGUACAGAACCCCAGACAUACUUAAUCGCAUGAACGAGGGUGCCCAGGACACCUGCUGGAGAUGCGGCAUGCACACCGGCUCGUACUUCCACAUCUGGUGGAAGUGCCCCGAGAUUACCACAUACUGGGAGAGGAUCAGGGUAGAGAUAAACAGAAUCACAGGAGCGGAGCUACCCCUAGAACCCCUAACGAUGCUAUUACACCACACCCCCACACCCGUCAAGACAUAUAAGAAAUCCCUCAUGCUGCCACUACUCAACGCAGCAAAGGCCCUUAUCCCAGCAAUGUGGAAACAGAGAGGGGCGCCUACCCUCCAGCAAUGGGUGACAAGGGUGGAAGAGAUCCACUCAAUGGAAUCCUUAACUGCAGACCUCCACGGUAGACAGGAGCAAUGUGCACUGACCUGGUACCCCUGGGAAACAUACCUAGCCAACAGAUUAGCAAACCCAAACAUAGCCCCCCAGAGGCCCGCAGUAAACUGACUCAUACAGAGCUAAGCUACCAAGCUACCCCUCCCCCCUGUGUCUCCUACCUCCCGCCCCCCUCCCAAGACUGUACACUGGACCGAACCCCAACGACUGACGCUGACGAGCCCGUAACAGGGGCAUAUUAAUAUACACACUUACUGUAAACACAGGAGCAUAAUACACAGGAAACCGAGACCCAAUCUAGCGUUGAUACCGACAUGAAAACAUCCCGCCUGGCCACCUAGACUGGUACCUAGAGUACCCUCCCAUAUGCCGAGCUAUACCGAUAAGCAUACAAAUAUAUACACCGACAACUGCCUACCCACAGUAGAGGGGAACUUUAUCUAAACCAUCACACUUUGCUCUCACCCAGGUGACCAGAUGGCCUUGAAUGUAAAUAAUUGCUGUGUAGACAUGAGAGGUGUUAAGGCACUAAAGGUAUCUUUUUUCGCUCCCGCAGCUCUAUAUCAUGCUCAACAACAUAUAUUUGUCAAGCGAUAAAAUGCUCUCUGACACUGUUGGUAUGAAACGUGAAAUGAAAAAUAAAGAUUGUCAAAAAAAAAAAAUACCCCCUACAGCUACUUGUCCAGACACCGGUUCACACCCUAAACGUAGAGCGCACGCCAUAAGUGCAGCAAACUGCGCACUGUAGGCAAGUGGAGCUAUGAACCUUGAAACCUGAUCAUAAGUUACACUACCUAAUGCAUGUGAUGGAAACUAUAGAAAUAUUGUUGGAGAAAUCUGAUUUGAGAAUGUUAGUAAAAAGGCUACGAAUGUUGUUAUGAUAUUCAGAAAUAUGAUGUUACAAUUGAUGUUUUACCAUAUCUACACUUUUCUGUGACAAAAUGAUAAAAAUGAAAAUAAAGAUUGUCAAAAAAAAAAAUAACAGAAAGGUAAUAAAAUGUCUUGGUGUUAAUGGCUUUGUAUUCUUUUCUUAGGGCCAGCAGCAGAUAGCUGUUCAGGGCCAGCAGGUUGCACAAACAGCAGAAGGGCAGACUAUUGUGUAUCAGCCUGUAAAUGCCGAUGGAACCAUCCUGCAACAAGGUGAGUACACUUUGAACUGGGCUAUAGAAUGUUAAUCAUAUUUUUUUGUGCAUUGGCCUGCAUAUAUGUUUUCAUACUUGGUAAGCAAAAGUAUCCUGAGUUAAGUCACAUCUUUCUUUGCUUUACCUCUGGUCCUGCCCUCCUACCUUGAAUUUAUCAGCUUUGUCGGCUUCCCAUUCGCUGUCUGCACCGUAUGAUUUGUGCCAGUCUACAUGUCAAUGGUGUACAGUACACUGGAGGUUCUCCUGGGAUUAAUUCUUCUACCCCUCCCUUUGUUCCUUUGUUUCCGGUUUUGUUUUGUUCCCUAAAGUGACAGUCCCUGUUACAGGAAUGAUCACCAUACCUGCAGCCAGUUUGGCCGGAGCCCAGAUUGUCCAGGCUGGAACAAAUACGAAUACCACCAAUAGCGGCCAAGGGACCGUCACUGUCACCCUCCCUGUGACUGGAAAUGUGAUGAAUUCAGGAGGCAUGGUGAUGGUAUGUAAUUAUAAUUUGCAUUAUUUUCAUUUAUGCAACAAAAUUGGUUUGUUUCUUUGCAAGUUUCUAUGUAUAAGGUAUUCAGAAUUAACAUAAAAAUGUGCAGUGGUAAUUAGUUUUUGAUUUCCAACUUUCUCUCAUUGAGUGUUUGUGUUCAUGCAGAUGGUGCCAGGUGCUGGCUCUGUGCCUGCUCUGCAAAGGAUACCACUGCCAGGAGCUGAAAUGCUUGAGGAAGAACCCUUAUAUGUGAAUGCUAAGCAGUAUCACCGCAUCUUGAAAAGGAGACAAGCACGAGCCAAACUUGAGGCAGAAGGAAAGAUUCCUAAAGAGAGGAGAGUGAGUAUAUGCCGGGCAUUGAUAGAAAAGAAAGUUGACAUAAUUCCACCUGGCAGCUUUAUAUGAAGGUCGGUGAAAAGUGGUAGGAACAUUUGAAGGCUUUGUUUCUCAACCAGUGGUACGUGUACCAAAGUACACAACCAUAGCAUCCCCCAGGAGGUAGCUGGCUGUGUGCUAAGGCAGAGUAGGCAUCCAAACGGCAGAUGCCUACUCUCCCAAAUAAGGUGGGGCCAGAGGUGGUGAGGGAGCUGUAAUCUAAAUGAUCUUUCACCACAUUAUAUGCCCUGAUGUUAUGACAUCACUUCGGCACCACUAAACACCGGGCGAGGGAGCAGUGCUGGAAGAUCACCCAAGCCCCACACUGAAUCCCAGGGAAAGGAUACACUCCAACUCAACCAAAGUUGGGUUUGAGGGUCUGUGUAAACUUAAAUAAAAAAUAAUUAACGACCUCUGGUAAUGUGGAACCCAUGUGUCCGGUGUGAGAUAUUUAUAAUCUUCCAAACUACUAUCUGGCAGGAGUACAGUGGGAACAGAAUAAAAAUUAUAUUCUUGAGGACAAUACUCUAGACCAGGUGCCCACACAUUUUUGUGUCAUGAACUUCUUUUCACAUGACCAGAUCAACGAGAUCUACAAACUAAAAAACAAACACCUUUUCUUACAGAAAAAUACAUUAAAUUCCUUAUUGGGACUACUGCAUGUAUCUUCACAGAGAUGCACACACUGACACACAUGCAGCUACAAAGAUACACACAUUGACACAUUCAGAUACACACAUUGAAACAAAUGCAGAUACUCAGAAACACACACACAGAGAUAUACAUGCAGAUAUCCAGAAACACAUGCACUGACACACCUGCAGACACACAGAAAUACAUGCAGAUACCCAGAAACACACGCACUGACACACCUGCAGACACACGGACACAAACAUUGACCUGCAUACAGAUACACAGACAUACACUCAUUGAUACAACUUUUACUGUUACACUUAUUUAACCACCCUCCGGUUUGCUACCUUUUGGGUGCAGGAGAGUGGCUUCCCUGUGGUCCAGUCUUCUGGUGGAGGCUGUUGGGAAUCAGUCUGGUUCUUGCUGUCCACGCUCCCAUUUCUCCUGCGUGGCUUGAUCUAUUAUUUGCUUCUAAUUGCGGUGUUAAAGCAUUGCAGGAGCAGUGAACAACUGGUCCCCUGAUGCCACACAUGGUGACCCUUUGUGCAUUGGCCGUCCGAUAGGCCCCCUCAGCAUGAGUAUCCUGGUACAGCCACAACGGCAGUAGUUCUGCCGCUGAUAACGCUGCAUGUCAGGUGAUGCUCUGCUUAGGCAGCUGUGAGGCUAUCAUGACUAAUUGAAGAGCUGGCCUUGAUUUAUCAGCAUUGCCUUUGCAAUCGACUGGUAGAGUGUGAUUGACUUAAUGGGCACCCUUGCUCUAGACUGUAUGCCUUUUGAAGAAAAUUACAGUUUAAACAAUAUAUGUACACAUAGAAAAUGGUUCUGUUCUGAACAUUGUCCUACACAAAAACUGAUCAUGAAGGGUCUUAUAAACAUUACUUGUAGUAAGAUAUCAAAAUCAUUAUUAUUUGGCAAUUUUCAGUGCACAAAGGUGCAUUUCAGAUUGUACAUUCACACCCACAUGUGUCAGGUCCACAUAUAUUUUGUUUGUUGAUACAUUUUAAUAAAAUAACUCUGUAGCAGAAUACUUUUUUUUUCUGAUUGCUUCUUGUGUUUACUCAUUGAUGGUUUGAAUCUUCUGUUCCAGAAAUACUUACAUGAGUCACGUCAUCGCCAUGCUAUGGCCAGAAAACGUGGGGAUGGUGGACGCUUCUUUUCUCCAAAAGAAAAAGAAGGGCACCACAUAGAGGUAAACAUGAUGAUGGCUAAAGAGUGAAGCAAGCAUGGAGAAAGCUCCACCCCAUCCUCAAUGUAUGCCUUGGUUUUAUAUGGAUUUGAAUAUGGUGCUAACAUUUUAACCAUGUGUCAUGCAGGAGUAAUUCACAACUCCUCUUCCUGUUUGUAUGGGUUUUUAAUUGCAUUUUAUGUAGAAAAAGUACCAUUUAAAUAUAGACUUCAGUAUUACAAAAGAGUAGCAUAUUCAACAGACCUCAUAGUAACCACAACUUAUAAUAUAAAAUGAUAAAAUUAAACUAACUUUACAGAUGUCAGAAAAAAGAAAAUAUUUUAUUUUCCAAAUACUACCACUCAUAGGAUUUGUGGUUAUAACCUCUUAUCUGUGACACCCUGCAUUUGUAUUGUGUAGGACAGUUUUCUGGAAUUACAUGAACCUAGUAUUUCUUGUUUGAAUUUAUAUAAUUUUAAGUAAAUUGGCUGCAUACAUAUUUUGCAACUUACACAUCAGAAUCUGUAUAAAAAUAUAUAUUGACUCUCACUGUUAAACAUGGGUUUUGUACAGAGCAGUAUAGUAUAUAUCUUAGUUUUGUACAUUCUGUAUAUGAUGAGUAACAUACAUUUUAAGAAAUCAAGCAACUCUGAAAUACUAUGUUACAAGUUACUAGUCAUAUGUUCCAUUAUUAAAACUACAGGUGAUUACUCAUACUCCUAUAUCUCCCUUGUGUGUAAAUGGGCACACACUCUUCCUCGUUAAUGUAUAAAUAUACAUUGUGUGUAUUUGGGCACACACUCUCCCUCGCUAAUGCAUUCCACUCACUGUCAUACACUAGUACACAAACACUUGCACAGGACCUCCAAACAUAGACAAUAAGCCUCAUACAUGUUUUUGUCACUAAAUUGUGAAGUGUGCAGAAUUGACAAGAGAAUUGUAGGUCUAAUUCCAAUAAAGUUAGACUUUGUAUAGAUUUCCUCUCAACUUUUAUUUGUAUGUGGCUGUGUUCUAUAAAACAUUUGAUUGACUACAGUGGUAUACAGAAUUACAUUUAAAAUGUGUGGGAGAGGGGCGGAGCCGAGCAGAAUGGCCAAACACAUCCAGACCCUAAAACCGGGACAAAAAUGGCAGGGGAAACCCCCACAGGCGAAGUGAACAUAAGGGGAUGCAAAACUGAAACCUGAAAAGCCACAGAUGGGCUUAAAUAUUGAGGACAGGCACAUGGCGCGGUGAGGCCUAAGAUGGCCGACUACCAUGAGACCUACUCUGAAAUCUCCGAUGACAUGUCCCCAGUUUAGGAGGUGGAGGAUCUCCCUGCACCUCCAUGCCCAGCAUUGAAGAACACUGGACAAGACAACUCUCCGGGGACCACUGCAAUGCUAAAACUGUUUAUGGCAGACCUCCAGAAGAGUAUCCAGAUGGAUUUAGCAUUACUCUGUGCAGAUUUGCAAACAAGCAUCGCAGAUAGCUAGGUUGCAGAAAGCAGUCAAGGGACUCCAACAGCAAAGUGAGCUGAGUGAUCGCCGCUUCACUGCCAUUGAAGACUGGAGGCUAAAAAAAGUCAAAAUAAGGGGCAUCUCGCAAGAGGUACCAAUGGCUGAAACCCCACAUUUCUUGAGGCGCUUAUUGCUUUACUUGCCCCAAGACAGGGCAAAGCAGUGGGAACCAAUGGAUUCUUAAGAGUUCUGAAGUCCCCACGUGCCCCAGAGAAUGUGCCAAGAGACUUGGUCCUCUAGUUGCAAAGUCUAAGACAAGUGGCAAAGACAAGGUAGCGGUGCUGGCGGCUGUCAGAAACCACACGCCAUAUAAGUUUGAAGACAUGUCUCUCACGUUUUUUUCAGACCUGUCAGAGAGACCCUAGCCUGGCAGAGAUCGCUCAAGCUCAUUUACCACCCUACUGAGACAGCAGAAGAUACUGUACCAGUGGCAACUAAGCCCUAAUGAUCCAACAGGAGGAGACCAAGCACCUGAUCCACAACCUCUCUGAAGCAGCAGCCUUACUGCCCACACUUAACUUGCCUCCUAAUGCCCUGACAACACCCUGGGAUGGGGCAGCACCAGUGGAAUCCGGACACUGCAAUCCCUUUUACCCUUCACUGGAUGGCUACGGGAGGAUAUGCAGCGGCCACUACCUGACGAUGACAUUGGGACUAAAAACCAUCACCCAAUGCAGCUACAAUACUCCCUAGAACUGUAGGGUUAACUUAAAGUUUUUGUUAUGUAGAGUUUAGAUAGAUAUGUUUUUGCUUUAUUCAGCCCACAUUUAGAUCAACUGACAGAUUGAGCCAACCUUACCCCCACCACCCCCCUUAUCCCACACAAAAGGCGUCACCUAUAGGAGUACAACUGCACCCUAGCACAAGUAGCACCUUUGACCUAGCUCUAAGACUUACAUGAUACCCAAACGUCCCUGACAUGUUAGAGGUACUCAACUAGUACUCAGAGAUCUCGACACCCCACAUAGCUAGAUACACAUGAUAUCUCACCUUACUGAUGUUACAUUAAAUAUAAAAUGUGCUGUGUCUCUGAAUGCCAUAACCCUUCAUGAUUGUUUUUACUAUGCUUGGUAUAGCUAUCGUGGCAUAUCAAGCCUGUUUGUUACCACUCGCACAAUAAAAAGAAUUAAAAAAACAAAAAUGUGUGGGAGAGUUGCUGAUGCUUUUAUGUUGCCCUAAAACCUAUAGCCCUACCAUUUUGUCUCAUGUUAUUGACAUUGGUAUUUGUAUGUUACAGGCUGUAGAGUUUCAUUAAGCACAGCAACAAGAUGGAGCCGAUUUGUAACGGUAUGAAUUUCAUUAAUUGAAUAAAACAGGCUAAUGCUAUUUUGUUUUCAUACACUAAUCAUAUUGUUUUCUCAUCCUCUUAGGAUUCAUCUCAGGGAAGAGACGUUUACACCAAUGAUGCCAUCACUCUGACAUCAGAAAAACUCCACCAGGAUGACAGAGUUUUGUUACAUCCUAUUGUCUUUCAGCCAUUUAUCACCUCUAACCAGUGUACAGCUGUCUCUUUAUUAUAAUCUGCCGUGCACCCAAACAUUUCUCACAUCUUAGAUUUCUGCAUGCAAACACAGACUCCCUUAGAUAGGAGUCAAUCUCCAACACCUUGUGAGUACAAGGUCUGAAAUUGCAAAGAUGUGCUCUUCUUGGAAAAGUCUUCCAGCCCAAUGUUUUCCUAUUCCUAUAGGCUAGAGGAAGAGGGCAAGGAUGGAAAUGUUUUUCAGUAUUUAAAGUACUUACUGAGAGAACUUGAAAUCUCUCCAGUCAUUGAAAGUUUUAUGGCUUAUACUCCAGUUGUUCUCAGCAAGACAGUGUGUUUUAUGUUGUAGCUGAGAUUUUACUUGUACAUAACCUCUUUGUAGUAUGACAGUCCUGCAAAGUCAUGUGGCCUGUCAUGAAGGGUAUAACUUGUUUCUACAUUUUUGCUUUAUAAUGGGGCUGGGUCUUUUUAUAACUGUAAUAAAGAUGCAUUAGUUUUAGGGAUUACCUCCUGGGUUGAAGAGUUUAAUUUUGGGAUAAACAUUUAUGGAAGAGUGGGGCGAAGGCUAAAUAUGUGGAAAAAUAUAGUAAGAUAAGUUAUAAUGUAAUAGUAUCCCGAUAAGGACUUGCAAUAUGGAAUUUAAGGGACACUCUAGACUCCUAAAGAAAUUUAGCUUGCUGGAAAGCUUUGUGUGAAGACCAUUUUAUUUCAUUUUGCAAAAACUACAGAUUUCAAUAAAAAUUUACACUUUUAUAAAUUAACCUGGUUGACACCACCUUGGUGGUAAACCCCGUCCUCUUACUUUCUGAUUUGGUUAGCUCAGUGGAGCUAAACACAAGAGGCAGCAAUUGCCCAGAGCACCUACUUUGCAAAGAUUUCUCAUUCAGCUACAUUGGGAAGUCUCUGAUUGGACAGCCACAAAAAGUUUGGAAAGUGUUAGAAGGGGAGGACUUGCAAAGACUAAAGACAACAGAACUGCCAGUUUUGCAAACUGUUUUAAGGUGUACCGCCAAUGGAAAAAAUACAUAAUUAAAUGCAUGCAUGUUUUCAUUUGGGGUAUAUCUACUAAACAGUGAUUUGUAUUUCGGCAGGGAAGUGUCCCUUUAAUUUUAUAAGACCAUCAAAAUGUUUUAUGGGAUCGCAAAUGCGUUUCCACGAAAACUGUAUUAUGGAUAGAUCAGAGUGCAAGUCAGUUUGAUAAACUACUUGCAGAAAACACCGUGUUAAACUGCAUGCAGGUGUAUGUCACAUUUCUAGGUGUCUGGGGAAUUAGAAGAGGCGUAAAAAAUUGUGAAUUUGUUACUUGAUUUUUUUUGUAUAUAGUUUUUUUUUAUAUAUAUAUAAAUAUCUAAAUUUUUUUCAGAAUGUAAUUUUUUCCUAUUAGCUG